GCUCUGCGCUCUCUGGGAGCCCUCAACAAAGAUGGCGGCGCCCGUGAGGCCGGUCCGCUUCUGGAAGCCGGGUGAGACCUAUAUACCGGGCACCGAGGGAGUCUGUGGUGUGGGGGGAACCCCUGCUGCAGUGGUUAUGAUAUGAAUGCGGGUCGGGCGGUGGGUGUGCUCGGUGUAGGACUGAAUGGGGACCCUGGGGGGUGGUUACUGGGUGUCCGGGCCGCAGUGAGGGUCUUAUACAAUGGGGGACAGUGCCCUGCGGCUCCUCCAGGUCUCACAUGAUCUCAUCCCCAGGGUUUCCCAGGAGGGGGGAUCCCCCAGCCCUUAGUACACAGUGCAGUGAUGAUGGUGAAGCAUUGACACCCCUUGUUGUUGUUGCUCUCCCCCAGGAUGCUCAGCUAGGUUUUGACCGGCUGAGCAUCAUGGGAAAUGCAGUCCCAAGGCAGCUGGAGUGCCAGCAAUUAUCCAUCAAUGAUCUAGUGCAGGGAUAGGCAACCUUCGCCACUCCAGAUGUUUUGGACUGCACAUCCCUCUGAUGCUUUGCCAGCAUUAUGGGUGUAAAUGCAUUAUGGGAGAUGUAGUCCACAACAUCUGGAGUGCCGAAGGCUGCCUACCCCUGAUCUAGUGCAUGGGUCCUCAAACUCUGGGCCCCCCCAGAUGUUGCUGAACUACAACUCCCAUGAUUCUGUGAAUUACAUAGAUAGCCAGAGAAUCAUGGGAGAUGUAGUUCAGCAACAUCUGGGGGGCUGGAGUUUGAGGACCCCUGCUCUAGUGGGACUGAAGCCCAUUCAUUGGGGAGCUGCUGCUUCACUCACUGGGCAGUAAGGGGAGGGGGGAAUGAUACAAUAAGCAGGGUAGUGUGGAGAAUUGAAAAAAAAAAAGCCAAUUGUUGGAGCUGAAUUAUUCUAAAAAUUGUUAUGACCUAAAUGUUGCAAUUCCUGUGUCAAUGCUUCACAGUCCCAUUAGUCGUGUAUCAUGUCAGAACCAUGAUCCCAUUGUACAGCGCUACCGAAUUUGUUGGCGCUAUAUAAAUAAUAAAAUAAUAAUAAACCGUGCUGGUCAACUAGCCUCUUUAUUGCUCUGCUAGGCUGCUUUCUAUGUCCUGGGUGCUAUUGUUUUAUUUUCUUAUCACUUUAUAUUGGUAGCAACAGCAUACUGGAGUGAGGUUAGCACAAAUUUACCAAAUAAAUUUAAAGGUGCUCACUUAUAUUUGGCCCCGUUAAAAUAUAUUUAAAUGUAUUGUUUUUUUUUGUGUGUGCCAGUUGCUGCAUUUUGUUAUAUGGAGACCUGCUUGCAUCUUAACUUAUUUAAAAGAACUGACUGUGCACCAAAACAACUUUAGAUCAUGCCCCUGCAGUAUCACUUUUGUUUCUGCUUAUGAUGCCCUAGCUACACCUCCCCUGCUUGUAAUUGAUACAGCCUCCAUAAUAAUUUGAAAAUCCAAUCUUACUGCACGGUCCUUAGCUUCUGCUCUGUUAAUUGAAAUGUUAUCACCCACAUGAGAUUCCUGCAGUCUCUAGUAGGCAAUUCAAAAAAACACUAUAGCGCUAGAAAUGCUAACAUGUAUUCAUAACACUAUAGUGUCCUACUAACAAUGUAAAUAUCUCUCCCUGGCUGAGAUCGUUAAAAUUGAUUAUCUCAGCCAAUCCAAUGCUUUCUCAUUGGGAAGCUAAUGUUCCUGUGCAGUAAAAUACGAGUAAGCUCGUUAGGGCAGGUCCCUCUUCAUCUGCUGUGCCUGUAUGUCACACAUUUGUCAGAAUUCAGUGUCUUUCUUGUUUACCUAUUGUAAAGUACUGCAGAAUAUGUUGGUGCUAUUUAAACAUUGUAUUGUAAGAGCAGCAUUUGAUUGUGAAUGGAGUCUGACUUGGUUUUCACAUGGGAAGCCUCUAGUGGCUGCCAGGAAGACAGCCACUAGAGUUGUGUUAAGUCUGCAAUCAUAAAAUUGCCAUAAGUGCAACCACAGGAAAGGGGCGCCUCAUUAGCGGAACAGGCUCCUUCCAUGCAGAAGCUUGUACUGAUUUCUAUGUAUAACGACUGCAGUAUGUUCAUUGCAACCAUUAUAUGUUUAUUAUGUACGGUAAUGACCGCUUUUCGUUUCUAUGCAAUUGUGUAUAUGGCAUAUCAACUUUCUCAAAAAAAAAAGAAAAGAAAAUUGUUGUAUGAGCUAAAUGGCAAUACUUUAGAUCGCAAGGUUCAAAUUAAAGGUCCACCCCACGCAAACGAAUUUAUUAAGAUAAAGGGUUCUGGGUGCCUUUAGUGGUCCUUUUAACAAGUAGGAGAUAAGAAACUCUACAUUUUACACAGUGUGCAAUAAGGGAAGCUAGAAAAUGUACUUUCUUUCAGGAAGUAUGUCUGUAGGCUGUGUGAAGCACAGCCAGGGGAGGUGUGGUUAGGAGUACAUAAAGUGAUCUAACUCCUAAAUUGCAUAGAAUUGAGCAGUGUGACUGCAGGGUCAUGGUCUACAUACCAAAUCCUUUAGGUUAAAGGAGUGCAAUAGUGUUAGGAAUACUAGCAUAUAUUUCAAACACUAUAGUGCUGGAGUAAAUAUUUAUGUCCCUGCCCCCCCCUUAGAGUGGAGUUAAAAGGUAAUUUUCUUCUUGUAUUCUUUGCCGUGCUGGUCUCACCGCAGCUGGCUCCCCUCCAUGGCCAAGAUUAUCACUCUUGAUGAUCUCAGCCAAUCCAAUGUUUUUCCAACCCAAUCCGCCAAUUAACACCUUCUCUUAGAGAUGCAUUGAAUCAAUGCAUCUCUAUGGGGAGCGUUCAGCAUCUCCAUGCAGCACUGAAAUAGGAAGCACCUCUAGUAGGCGUCUAAGUGACUGCCACUAUAAGUAUUACUAGGCAGCAAUGUAAACACUGCCUUUUCACUGUAAAGCCUGCACGGACAUGCUUUAGACACCAGAACCAGUAGAUUAAACUGCAGUGGUUCUGGUGACUAUAGAGUCCCUUUAAUCUAAGUUGUUUCAUAACUUAGUGUCCCUUUAAGAAAUAUAGGCUGUUAUGAUUCAUGUAGUGUCCCUUUAAUUGAAACACUAUUUAUGGUGUGAAAAAUAUAUAUCAGAAAACAGAUUUAGAUACAAGAGGGGAGUCUAACUGUUCAGUACCCAAUGAAUUAGUAAAAUGUUAUUCACCUGUGUUUGUCUUGUACAUUACAUGGUAUAUUCCACUGCCAAAAUAAAAGUAAAUAAUUAAAAAACACUGUUUAGUAGAUAAUUUUACCGCAAAAUGAAAACAUGCAUACGUUUAAUUAUGCAUUUUCUAGUGUUGAAGGUAUAUCUAAAAAACAGCUUGCAAAAGCUGCAGUUCUCUUGUCUUCUACCUUUACAAGCCCUCCCCUUAUAACCUUGCCCAGACUUUCUGUGGCUGUCCAAUCAAAAACGUCCAAUUGCAGCUAAAUGAGCAGUCUUUGUAAGGCAGGUGCUCUGAGCAAUUGUUGCUUCUUGAGUUUAGCUCCACUAAGCUAAGCAACCCACAUGUAACAGAACCGGUUGUUUGACGGCCUGUGGGUUUCCAACAAGAAUAAUUUAUAAAUGUGCUAAUUUCUAUUGAAAUCUGCACUUUUUGUAAAAUUGAAAAAAAAAGGACACUUUUUACACAUAAAACAUUUGAUCAAGAUAAAGUGCUUUAGGUGUCUGGAGUGUCAAUUUAAGUGAAUGUUUCCUAGCUAAUCAUACAGCAUGCACCAUUGUCAAAAUUUUCAUAGCUCCACAGCAUGUAACAUUUAGGACUGGGGAAAAAAACAAUGAAAACAUUUUAUAAAAAUAAGUCUCCACUAUUAUGAUCCUCAGUCCUUUUUCCUGUCCUAAAAACAGAAGAAGGAUGGAACCUACUUAACAGGCUAAGCUUUUAGUUUAUGCUCGCCAGCCAGGAAAGUUCAACCCUUCUACUCUGAACAUCUUAAAGGACCACUAUAGUGCCCUGAGGGUGCCCCCACCCUCAGGGUCCCCCUCCCGCCGGGCUCUGGGGAGAGGAAGGGGUUAAAAUCUUACUUUUCUCCAGCGCCGGGCGGGGAGCUCUUCAACUCCUCUCCUCCUCCAUAGCGACGCCAUCGGCUGAAAACUGCUAUGUUUAUAAAAAAAGAAAAAGAAAAAAAAAAGGUUAAUCCUAGAUGGACCUGGCACCCAGACCACUUCAUUAAGCUGAAGUGGACUGGGUGCCUAUAGUGGUCCUUUAAGGUGUCUUACUGGGGGGUAAUAUUUAUUGACCUGCUACAAAAUUAUGUACAGGGGUUUGGUAAGCACAAUUGCUAUUACAGCUUGUUGUAGUAGUUAAAAGCACACUCCAGGAACGUUAACCAUUACCAUGGCCGGAGAGGUGAAAGUACCUCAACAGGAAAGUCCGUUAGCUUCCCUGAGCUAAGCCCUUAAAUGCAGUCUAUAUAUUGCACUUACUGCUACUACUACCUUAACAUGCAAUGGCCCCAGGGCACACUGCACUUAUGGAGUCCAUGUUUGUAGUAUGUUUAAAGGGGCAGUCUUGGCACCAUAACUACUAUAUUCCACCUAUAUUAGGAUGUGGGCACCAUUUCCAAAUGGUUUAACCAUACCAGGGGUCUCCAAGGCACACAGGUCACUGCCCACCUCUUGUCCACUUCUGCAUCAACAGUAUCCAUUUCACCCAUAUUUUAAAAACCUUCACCUUAAAAACUAAACCCAGUGAGUAUGCUAAUCCAUAUCAUUGUGUCUGUGUUGCAGGUACAGAGGGCCCAGGAGCCAGCAUUGCAGAGGAGAGGCAGAGUACUGCAGAAGUCACCUCCGUCGUUUACAAUCCACAUGCUUCUCUCUCCAUUGAGCAACAGAGACAGAAGCUGCCAGUUUUUAAGGUAAUACAGGCUUCUGCAAGAUCUGAUCAUUUUUAAAGAUGCAUCUAUAAAGGAGAUUAUAUCCAGAAAAAUCAUUUUAGUUUAGCUAUACAAACGGUUAUGUUUAAAACCCUCUUUUUAUAUUAAUACUUAAUUGGUAGCUAAUCGCAUACCAUCUUGAACAUCCAUACCAAGGUCAUUUUUUAUGGCAGAGCAUAUCCGCAGAGUAUAUUUAUAGCAACCAAUGUGGAACUGCUCAGUUAUACAAUGCUUGUUUUCAGCAGUUCUUACUACAAAGUUCUUUUUAUUUAAAAAAUAAUAGCAGGUAUAUGUUACAUGGAGACAACUUCAAGCAAGAGUGAAAUGUGUAUAGAAUCGAGGAAAUCUAAAUGUCACAAUGUGAAACAAUUUUUUUGUUUUCCAGUUCAACUUUUUUUUUUUGUCAAUCUUUCUUUUAUUAUGGCAUUUGCGUCACAGGGUACAGAAUAAAAAGAGGAGUCAUUGCAAGGUAAUACAUAGUAAUGGUAUCAGCGUGGUUUGGAGUACACUCCCAAGAAAGACUGCCAUAUUUAUUUAUUUUUUACGAUGAGUAAACAUAAUAACACAAGCGAUUAAAGAUUACUCAAACGGUACCUUUCAUGAGCAAAAUAUAGCAAAUUAAUCAUGCUAAGUGUUAAACGGCCCAGAUUCUGUUUUAGUAAGUAGAGUCAAGUUAGGUAACGUGCAUUAACAGAAUAAGUCUGGUAGAUAAACGCGUCUAUUAGUGAACAUAACAACACAAACUGGAUUUAACUGUAGUGUAAGAAUAUGUAAAGAUUACUUAAGCUGUGCUUGUCAUAAGACAGAUUUAGGAAUUUAAACAGGCUAGUACGAUUAGGCAUACUGGUAGACUGGGUAAGCAAUUAGUAGACUAUGCACAGGUUGACCCGCUAAGGUCGCAGAAGGGAGAGUGUCACAUUGUGCAAGCUAAGUAUGCAUGACUAAUAGAAACGUCACAGGAUAAGCAAGUAAAUAUUAGUUAGGCUCUGGCUGUCUGCCCAGGUGCUCUUGCCGUCAAACGCAGUUAGUAAUAUCGAGGGAGUGUAAGGGCAGACCCAUAUGGGUUACCUGCUAAUAUCCACCUAAGUGGCUCACUUGAGGCCCUGCCGUAGCUCCUGUGUAAUUAUAUAUGCAUAUGAAAAACGACUGAAACCCAAUGUAUAUACAUGUAAGGAAAUUAAAAUAAAGGGAGACGGUACAUGAAGAAGUGUGGCCCUUAAGGUAGUGACUGUGGGCACCUGCAGCCUGUGGUGACAGCUUGGAGACCCCAUAGUCCCGCUUAUAUACUGCACGUGUGGCCCAGGGAUCGGCAUGCUAUAUGCAGUGUGCUGGUGUGCGGAGUUACCUAAUGCUGUCAUGUUCGGCAAGUAGAUUGACAUGUGGGGUUAUGAUUGUGGUGCUAGUUUCCAGAUCGGGCAGUGUGUGCCACUGAGGCUGAGAAAGAAAGGGUCCACAUGGGCAAUGAGGUAAUAUUGGUAGCGUUCAUGUCCGCUUUAGUGGGUCAGUCCGUAUGCCAUCCCUGCAAUCCAAGUUUCUUGGGUCCCUGCAUCAACCGAUUCCUUUGCUGGGCUUUGUAGGAGCGGGCGUCUGUGGGUCUUGGGGGAUGGAGAAGGGUUGCGUGUAGCUUCUCCCCAGCUCCAAGCCUUAUUUGAGGUCGACAUCCUUUGGCCACAGACUCUGGUUCUAUGCGAGGCCGGGUCUCUCCUGUUGUGGGCGCUGUGGAAGACCGGUACCUCCACGUGCUUGGUAUUUACAGAAAGGUCACACUUUCACCUGUUCUUUGGCAACCUGCUUGGGCCCGGUAUCAGCUCUGGUUCAGGUAGGUUCAAGAGAAUUUACAAUAUCUCGCAAGAGCUACCGCAACCUGCGUCCGCUUGGUUCUGCAAUCAGACUCUGCCCCCCCCCCCAGUUCAACAGCUUUAUAACACAUGAAAUAUAUAUCAUUUUUUUUUUUUUUUUCAUAUUUCCUUUCAAAUGGUAUGAUUUAAAAUUUAAAUCCCUUUCAGAACUCUUUACAUAAGUUUCCAGAACAUAACAAAUUGUGUAUGUAUCAUGUCAACUUUAGCCUUUAUUGAAGGAUCAGAAAAGUAUUACUCUAUGCCCAUGGGAGAGAUGUGCCAUAUGCACCCUAUCUUCAUCUAUUUCCGUAUUGUUAGUAUCCUAAUUUGAAAGGAUAAUAUACCUGAUAGAAAAUAUUAGAAAAAGGGCUAGUCUCACUUGCUAGAAUCCGUUAAAUCCAAACCCACUUUACAUUACUUGUGCUUAAUAACAAAAUCCCGAGUAGUCCCGAGUCUGAUUUCAAGCUCCUGUCCCAUCAACCGGGGUAAGUUCCCUGGUGUCCUGCAUCUGAUGGCCCGAGGGAAGUGUCUCCAGCAAGUGCAACACGUGUAUCGUUAGGCACACUUACACUGUGCUAAACGAUGUCAAUGCAUUAGGAGCAUGCAAAGCACAGUCUGCUUUUUCUGAUGAAGUGUCGGUAAGGAUCAGUGGUGAUUCUCUCUGUAUGUCUUUUUUAUAAAGGUUAUUUAUCCAUACCUAUGGAUCCAUGCAUUCUAUCUUCUUGCAGCUCCUUUCUGCUCCCUCACACUCUCUGUAGUAAUGCCGGGUUGGAGUGACGCCAUAUUCCGGAUUCCAGCAUCUUUAAACAGCGCGCAAGGGAGCAGAGAGGAGGUAGAUUACUGCUCCCUUGAUCGCAGCCUCCUUGAUGCCUCAGCCGGCCUCCUCCAUACUCACCAGGUCGGCUGGCUCCAAUAUUUCCCACUGCGGCUAGCUUCAAUGCUCCCUCCGGCAGCUGCCUUAACUAAAGGGCUGCCAUCACAGGCGCCAGGGAGAAAUAGCUACUGACCAUGACGACCUGGGAUUUGUCGAGCUCUGCUAUUCCCUUUUUUAAUCUGUUUAUAAGAAGUGCUUAAUCUGACAGGUCUUCUACAUUCCUAAACUAAGAUAUUUUGUAAAUUGUUUAAAUUAAUGAAGGAGACCCUUGUGACAAGGGGAUCCCAAUAGUGGCUCUGCACACACAGAAAAAAGGUACAUAGUACCCAGUUAGUCGGAAAGGUGGGGGCACUCAUACAGGAGUAAAGAGAUGGAAAAGGUGAGGAAAAAAUGGGCAGAGGCCCUAUCUACAAUUAUAAACCAUAUACAACUCACUGUCUAUUAGAAAAAAAGAAAGAGUCCUUAAAAUAGCAUGAGAAUAAAGGGGUACAGUGUAUAGGGGAAAGGGGGAGGGAGUAUAUCACUCCAAAACAACCUUUCCCAUAGAUAGUUAAAUCCCCUGUAACUCAAGCUAACCGGACUAGCAAAAGUUAAUGCCUCACAAAAAAAAAAAGAGGACAUAGAGUGCCCGCACUAUGAACAGAAAGACAAACUAUGAUACUGGGUGGAUAAGUCUUCAAGGGUGAACAAACCCAGCCCCUAAACUGAGACCAGACCACACCAAAGAAACUGUCACUGUCCAAGCAUCAGAUCCUAAAUAAACUGAUAAACUAACUAAAUCAAACCAUACUACCUACCUAUGUGCUACCUAGUGAAAAAUAAAGUAAAGUAGAAAACCGCUCGACGCGCGUUUCUGCGUAAUAAACGCCGUCGUCAGGAGCUAUUAAAUUGUAUGUCCCACUCACCGGUUUAAAUACCUCCAUAUUUAGAGAGAAAUCCUCUCAGCUGGUUCGGCAUGUUGUAAAUUGUUCUUUUCAAUAACCUAUAAUUCACAUUUUCUUUUUAAUAUAUUACAACAUACAUUCAUUUUAACUUAACACAUGAAAUGUUAAGUUGCAUUUAGGUCACAGAUCCCAUACUUAACAAGUGCCUGUAUUAAUUUCCCCCAGCUCCGAAAUCAUAUCCUCUACUUAGUGGAGAAUUACCAGACUGUGGUUAUUAUUGGAGAAACUGGAUGCGGUAAAAGUACUCAGAUCCCACAGGUAAGUUCCAUGGUUGUAUGAAAUAACCUGCUCUUUGCAUAGUGUGACAGUGUGUAGACUGUUCAUCUUAAUAGUUUAAAAGGAGUCACAGAAGCUGAAAAUAAUAGAGAAAAUGUAGUCAUUUGAGAAGCUAAUUCACUCAUCUUGGAAUUGCAGAAUGUGUGCCUAUGCCCCUGUCUGUGUGUGUGUGCCUAUGCCCCACACAGUUUUGGAGUGCAAGCUGGAAUGCUUUAAUGGAAGCCACAACUGGCCUUAUACGCAUGUCCCCAUGCAAGGGGCACUCCCCCCCUGGACCUUGUGGGGGACUGCAGCACAAAGUCACAGACCAAUGACAAAGGUGUUUAAAUACACAACACUCCCAUAUACAAGCAUACAAUCCCUCCCCUCUGCCUGUGAGAUAAUUGGAUCAGUAACUGUACUAAUUCUAAUCCAGGGCUUGACAAAUCCCUGGGAUUUGUCCGCUUUUUAUCUAAAACGCCUGGCUGGGCAAAUCAUGGAGCCGGCCAUCCACCCACGGGAGCAUGUAGGCGGACGGCUUAGUGAGCGUUUUAGCCGGCCGCCCUGGGCUUCAUGAAGGCGUUUGGCUGGGGCAGCGUGCAAGGGAGUAGUGAUCUUCCAGUGGCUCCUCUCUGCUCCCUCGCGUUGUGUAAUGAUGCCGGGAGCCGGAAUAUGACGUCAUUCCGGCCCCGGUAUCACAGGGAGCAGAGAGGAGCUGCAUGGUAGAUCACACACAGGAAGAGAGAGCAGUUCCUCUGGAAGAGUGUGUGUGUGUGUGUGUGUGCACGCCUCUGUCAGUGUGUGUGUGCGCGCCUCUGUCAGUGUGUGUGUGUGCGCCUCUGUCAGUGUGUGUGCGCCUCUGUCAGUGUGUGUGCGCCUCUGUCAGUGUGUGUGUGUGUGUGUGCCUCUGUCAGUGUGUGUGUGUGUGCCUCUGUCAGUGUGUGUGUAUGUGUGUGCCUCUGUCAGUGUAUGUGUGUGCCUCUGUCAGUGUAUGUGUGUGCCUCUGUCAGUGUGUGUGUGUGUGCCUCUGUCAGUGUGUGUGUGUGUGCCUCUGUCAGUGUGUGUGUGCCUCUGUCAGUGUGUGGGUGUGUGUAUGCCCCUGUAUGUGUGUGUGUAUGCCCCUGUCUGUCUGUGUGUUUUUUUCCCCUCUGUCUGUGUGUGUGUGUGCCCCUGUCUGUCUGUGUGUGUGUGUGUGCCCCUGGCUGUGUGUGUGUGUGUGUGUAUGCCCCUGUCUGUCUGUCUGUGUGUGUAUGCCCCUGUCUGUGUGUGUGUGUGUGCCCGCCCCUGUCUGUGUGUGUGUAUGCCCCUGUCUGUGUGUGUGUAUGCCCCUGUCUGUGUGUCUGUGUGUGCCUAUGCCUCUGUCUGUGUGUGCCUAUGCCUCUGUCUGUGUGUGUGUGUGCCCAUGCCCCUGUCUGUGUGUGUGUGUGUGUGUGUGUAUGUCUGUCAGAGAGUGUGUGUCUGUUUAGGUACCUGCGAUCACGAUUGGUGUUUUUACUCACCCUUUUUUCCCCCACGCUGUGCAGGUUUUGCCAUGGCUUGUCCCGCCUCCAUUGCCGGGUUCAUCAGUCUUUUUGAUCUCAGCUAAGCCAAUGCUUUCCCAUAGGAAAGUAUUGGGAGGAUAUUGCGCAUGUUCUGGAUGGGUAACAUUCAGCGCGUCCAUGCAGAGCAGUGACACAGUACUCUCUUGUGGCCAUCUGAGUGACAGCCACUAGAGGUCUUAGUAGGCAGAAAUAUAAACACUGCCUUUUCUCUGAAAAGGCAGCGUUUAUAUUGAAAAGAAUACAGGGACAGGCUAUAGGCACCAGAACCACUACAUUAAGCUGUAGUGGUUCUGGUGACCAUAGUGCCCCUUAAAAAAACAAAAACAAAAAACUGGCUCCUAACUUUUUUCGCUGGCUCCUAGAUUCCAAACAAAUUUGUCAAGCCCUGUUCUAAUCCAAUUAUCUCCAAGCACAGAAAAAAACCAUACUUUUCCCAAACACCCCAAAAGUACCCUAAAUAUACAUGUUACAUCCCCUGAUAGCCCAACAUAUCCAAAAAUCACCCAGAUCAGUUCAGUAAUUUUCUGGAAGUCAUAAUUUUGACCGACCGUGCACAUGGUCCUAUGCCCAAAACAGUUUCAUGAAACUAGUGCUAACGGUCGGUCAAGUUUGGUAGUCUUUUACAGGUUUCCCUGCAGGGCCCAUAGUCUGUGGGCAGGAGGCUGGCAAGCAGGCUUCUCCAGGAGCUCGUGGCAAACUCACUUGGAGAGGGGAGUUUGUCACAGUAGUCGUCCAAUGUCAGUAAGGAAUAGCAUUUUAUCCACUCCCCAAGGAAUUUUUGGUUCCGUUCUGGGGAUAUUCCCAUCCGGAAAUUAAGAGCGAAAGAAGAAUAGAAAAUAACAGGAAUAAGUAGAAAGAAAGUAAAGAAUUACCUGGAAGCUACUAAAAGGCAUUUGGUUGAUAUUGGAGAUGUUUUCUUGGAACACUUCUAUUAAUGAAUAAGUUUCUUUUUAUUGUUUAGUCUGUAUUUUAAGGACCGCUAGAUUUGAAUUUAGAAGUUAAUACUCUGCAAAUUUACAGCUAUGAUAAGGUAACUCUGUUUUGGCCACAAAAUGUGAAUGGGGAGUUGGUGGCAGCACACACUAUAGUUGUUAUUGAACUAGAUUCGCACUCCAGGCAUUGAGUGAUUUUAAAAAUGUUUAAAGAGGCAACCCAAGCACCGUAACACCUUGGGCUAAUUCCAUGUAAGAUGUAGCAUGAAGUGCUCCUUCUGUCUCCAUGUACAAAUUUGUUUAUAUAUGUUGCAAUGUGCAAAAAUUACUGCAACUACUCUAUAAGCCCACUUCCUUAGUGAGAUACAUUGCAGGGGAAGGAAUGCUUAUUCUGCUUUUCCAAGAAACUGUACACCUCCCUUGACAAGUUUUUUCAUAGCUUGUUACAAAGAAUCCUCAGCCAGGACUGCUUGCAAUCCUUCUCAAAUUGUCCAUGGUGAUCUCAGUGAAGCGAUACCUGUGCUGAGACCGCAGUUCCAUUCAUCUGAUCAAUGGAACUUCUGUCAAGUGCUGAACUCUGUGUCAUAUACACUUCACCUGGAAUGAUUUUGUGGAAUAAUCAGUUUCCCUUGAAUAGAAUUAAUGAAUUCUAGGUUUUGGCAGAGCUCACUACAGAAACUGCAAAGCCUAAUGAUUUGAUGCAAAUGCAGGUACUUCCAAGAUCGUAUCUAUUGUAUUUAUUAAAUACAUUGCUACACGAAAAAAAAGGGGUCAUCUGCAGUUUGGAGUUUCCCUGUAGCAUGCAAGUCCAGUGUAAUUUUGAUCCGAGAUCAAUUUAAAGGAACACUAUAGUCACCUAAAUUACUUUAGCUAAAUAAAGCAGUUUUAGUGUAUAGAUCAUUCUAAAAUUUCACUGCUCAAUUCACUGUCAUUUAGGAGUUAAAUCACUUUGUUUCUGUUUAUGCAGCCCUAGCCCUAGCCCUGGCUAUGAUUGACAGAGCCUGCAUGAAAAAAAAACUGGUUUCACUUUCAAACAGAUGUAAUUUACCUUAAAUAAUUGUAUCUCAAUCUCUAAAUUGAACUUUAAUCACAUACAGGAGGCUCUUGCAGAGUCUAGCAAGCUAUUAACAUAGCAGGGGAUAAGAAAAUCUUAAUUAAACAGAACUUGCAAUAAAGAAAGCCUAAAUAGGGCUCUCUUUACAGGAAGUGUUUAUGGAAGGCUAUGCAAGUCACAUGCAGGGAGGUGUGACUAGGGUUCAUAAAAAAAGGGAUUUAACUCCUAAAUAGCAGAGGAUUGAGCAGUGAGGCUGCAGGGGCAUGUUCUAUAUACCAAAACUGCUUCAUCAAGCUAAAGUUGUUCAUUGACUAUAGUGUCCCUUUAAUUACUGUACAAGAUGUAGUUCUCAGGUUUUCCUUAGUUGAAUGCACUAAAGCCUGUUUGGCACGUCUCAAUAGAUGACUUGGUUGGCAUGGAGACACAGUUUCACUGAAUGCAUCAAAAGGAAUCCUUUUGUCUUUCUCUGCUGAUCCGCUCUGACAGUUAUCCAAUAAGGCACUGCGGAUUUUAAUUUAAGAAGACAUUUAUUUUGAGACAGCUUGAUUUAACAGCUAAUGUCAGGGUUACGUUUCCUGCUUAUCCAGGGUGCCAAACUGCUUCUGCUAUUUGAUGUGAGCACAACUGAGUAAUAGCUUUAGUAGCAGUAAAUAAGUAAAGGAUCCAUGCAAUUCAAGCCCUUUCCAGCAGGAGCAUUUCUCUGCCCAACAGAGCUUGGUGGGAUAUGUUGUUCAGCCUGCGGCACUUUUCUUGUUCCUGGAGGAGAAUGGGCUACUACUGGAGAGGGAAGAGGAAGAAUAAACUAGAACUGGAGAGGGGAGAGGGAAGAGGGAGAAUAAACUAGUACUGGAGAGGGAAGAGGGAGAAUAAACUAGUACUGGGGAGGGAAGAGGAAGAAUAAACUAGAACUGGAGAGGGGAGAGGGAAGAGGGAGAAUAAACUAGUACUGGAGAGGGAAGAGGGAGAAUAAACUAGUACUGGGGAGGGAAGGGGGAGAAUAAAGUAGCACUGGGGCGGGAAAAGGGAGAAUUAACUAGUACUGGGUGGGAAGAGGGAGAAUUAAUUACUGGUGAGUUUAUUUUUUAAAAUGUUUGCUGUGAAAAAGUUUAUGCUAUUUCUGCAGACCGGUGGCGACUGGUGACGUUUUAAGAUGGUGGGGUGCCAGACUCCUCCUCCAGAAUUUUACUCCUCCCUAUACAGUACAGAGAUACUCAUACAAUACAGAGAGGCUCAUACAUUAAAACAAGCUGGGCACAACAUAUAGAUAUCUGUCAAACACACAGAGCUAGUUAUACUACAGAGAUACCCAUACAACAGGUAGAGCUGAGUAAAAUACAGCAAUACAACCGAACUGAGCACUAAUAAAUAUCCCACACAGCCAGGAUCACGGUGAUAGAACACACAGAGCUUCAAUACAAAGAUAUCCACAACGUACAUUUCUCUGUAUAAUACUCCAACUGCCUGUCUAUUUUCCUAGCCCUCUCUUAGUUCUCAUUCUCACUAGAUCAUCUUCAGCAGUCUCCUGUUAUAACUUUAGCUUUCUAUUAAAUAUUGCUGCUUUUAUGAAAAAUUCCAGCCACUCCAUUAACUUUUAGCACUUGGUAAAGCAUCAAGAUACUGAUAGACUCCAGACAUGUCAGUUACUCCUGACUCACUAUUAGCUCUCAGCACAUAUUGUACACAGAGUUAAAGCAGUAGGAUACUGAGAGACUCCUUAUUUCCUUUGCAACUGUCAAUAUAAUUAAUGUGCAGUGGCAAUAUGGAGCCAAGAAGUAGCUGACAUGGUUACCAGAAUUAAAAAUCAUUACAGAUUAAAACAGAUUGGAAUCAGAUCAGUCCUCACAGUCAAAGCCCUAGUCCUGCAGUAUGAAGCUUUAAAACUUUCCAACUAGCCACAGCAUAAGUGUCUUAGGUCUCAGCUACAGAGUUACAGUGAUGGGUUUUUGGCUGCUGAGCCUACGCUAUGCAAUUUGUGGUAGUGGUUACUCAAACUAUUGGUGACAGACAGCACAGUGCUAUGUGUCAGAAAUGUACCGCUCACCUUGCCGCCCUUGGGCUUCCCUGGUUUUUUAUAUAUAUAUAUAAUUUUUUUUUAUUUUUUUUUACAUAUUUCAGUAAAUUUCCUUGCUUAAAGUCUGCCGCAGUGCACUAUAGUGCCCUGAGGGUGCCCUCACCCUCAGGGUACUCCUCCCGCUGGGCUCUAGGGGGAGGAAGGGGUUAAACUUACCUCUUUCUCCAGCGCUGGGCGGGGGACUCUCCUCCUCCUCGGCUGAAUGCGCAUGCGCGGCAAGAACCACACGCGCAUUCAGCCAGUCUCAUAGGAAAGCAUUCACAAUGCUUUCAUAUGAACGCUGGCGUCUUCUCACUGUGAAAAUCACAGUGAGAAGCACGCAAGCGCCUCUAGCGGCUGUCAACGAGACAGCCACUAGAGGCUGGAUUAACCCUAAUAUAAACAUAGCAGUUUUUCUGAAACUGCUAUGUUUAUAGAAAAAAGGGUUAAACCUAGCUGGACCUGGCACCCAGACCACUUCAUUAAGCUGAAGUGGUCUGGGUGCCUAUAGUGGUCCUUUAAUCAGCCCUUAGGCAGUCACCGGGGCUAUUGGGGGAGAGAAAAAUAUAUUAUACACUUACAUUUGGCAGGAGCUGCUGCUGGUGUGCUUUCCCUGUGUGACUUUCAAGAUUACUUUUUGCAUCUCUCUCCUGUGGGCACUAUAACCCCCACCUCCUGUUAUUAGCCAAUGAUAGCCCCUGAAUAGGGAGUCCAUGAGCAUGCCUCCAUUCAUUGGCAGCUGGCUCUGCUGCCCGAAUGGCAACACAAUAGAAAUUUCUGAAAUUCCUUCUUAAAGGAGACUAGGCAUGUGCAAAAUUUGCUGAAACAGGGCGGAUUUCAAACCAGCCCCAUUUUUGACAUGCCUAGAUGGUCUCAAAUAAACUUCUCCAUACAAUUACCAAUGAGGUGGAUGGGCGCUGCAGAACUGAAACCUAUCACAGAAUUAAACAGACGCUAAUUUUGUCUUGUAUUUUUUGACUUACCACCAUUCCUUCCAGAUAAAGAAUCUUAGUGUUUAUAAACUACUGCAAAUUAACGUUUUGCCCACAUAAAAAAACAAACAAACCUGGUGGGGUGCUACGCCAAGUGACCCUAUGAAGGACCCUCCACUGCGGCAGACACAAGGUCCAUUAACUUGGAUUAAUUUCCUAAAAAUGGUACAUUUUGAAUCCCUAUUUCAUGCUGAAUAGCCCUUGGACUGCACUGUAUAUCUUAAAUGGAAAACUAUUGUUAUAUUUUUGGUUUUUUCUACAUGAAUUUUAUUAAAAUAAAUCCAAUUUAAAGGAAAAAAAAAUACUGGCAAGUUAAGCCGGUCUUUAAAGCAUGCCAGGGUCCAUUCCAAUAAAGCAGGCCAACCCACUGAGAACAGGACUUGCAUUAAAGGACCACUCUAGGCACCCAGACCACUUCAGCUUAAUGAAGUGGUCUGGGUGCCAGGUCCUUCUAGGGUUAAUCCAUUUUUUCAUAAUUAUAGCAGCAGAGAACUGGUAAUUAUGAAUGAAACUAGUGGUUGUCUAUUGACAGCCGCUAGAGGCGCUAUGUUUCCACUGUGAAAAUCACAGUGAGAAGAUGCUCAUAGGGAAAGCAUUGUAAAUGCUUUCCAUGAGACUGAGAGCGCGCGCAGCGCAUUCAGGGGGGCGUCAGCGGAGAGAGGAGGAGGAGAGCUCUCGCCCAGCGCUGGAAAAAGGUACGUUUUUACCCCUUUCCCCUUCCAGAGCCGGGCGGGAGGGGGUCCCUGAGGGUGGGGGCACCCUCAGGGCACUAUAGUGCCAGGAAAACGAAUAUGUUUUCCUGGCACUAUAGUGGUCCUUUAAGCACUGUUCCAGUGAUGCCUGCAGAGUCCUAGAGCUCUGAGUGUAAGUGAGUCUAAUAAUGUGCUCACAUUGCACUUUUGUGGGGCAAGUUUCCUCAUGUCCCCAAAAAAAGGUCAGGAGAAGAAAUUCUGCCAAAAUCUGGCAUGUUGGUGGGUAUGGUAAUCACAGCUAUUGCCAAAAGUGGCCAAAUGUGAACCAAAAAAAAGAAAAUAUUCAUUUAAAAAAAAACAAAAAAAACUUCUUAUGAAUCCAUGUAUUAGGGGUAUGGAAGUCUCCUGGUGUUAGAGACUAUAAAUUUGGCAUAUGACUGACCAUUAAUCACAUUUUCUUAUAUUAAUCUUAUUAUUUUCUGCAAGAUAUUUGCAUUUAGAUUGUACGUCAGACACUCAGAGUGACAAUUCACAAUCAUCCUGUGCUCACUACUUUGUCUGCCUCUUGUGUGAGUAUUGAUAAGCAUCAUUCACAUUACCAACAUUUCUAUUAAUUAUGACCUAUAAAUACAGAUUAUGAGACCAGUUACUGUUUAUUUUAUAUAUUCAUUAUUUUUUCACCCCCAUUAAAUCUGUUUGUUAGUUAUUUAUUUUUUGACAAUAUUAUUAUUUUGUUUUAUUUUGGAGUUUAGAAUAACAUACAAGUUUACUCCGAUACAGUAUGGUAAACAGGAGUGAGGAAAUAACAGAACAUACAAAUUACAUGUUGGUAAACAUAGUCAAUUGUUUUGUGUCGUUUAAUAGUUCACCUGGCAUUUAUCAAGAGUACAGGGAGGCGGGUUAUGAUGGCCAGGUCCAGAGCGACAAUCUUUGGCACUUAAAGUGAAGACGGAAAAAUGUUAGAUGUUUGAAUUUUGUUGCUAAUUAUUCCUCUCUUUUGUCCCCCCCAGUACCUCACUGAAGCAGGAUGGACUGCAGAAGGCCGGGUAGUGGGGGUGACCCAGCCACGCAGAGUGGCAGCUGUGUCGGUAAAUGCUGCAAAUGUUAUUUGUAUCAAAUGUUACAUAUACAGGCUGAAAUGUUUUUAUAUGGCUAAUCUGGAAAUGGUUUUUACAAGUAUAAAAGUAGUGUGAUGUCGAAGAUGGGUUGAUUAUUUGAAACAACUGAGUUAGCAUCAUAAAUUGGGGGUUCCGAGGGUCUGCUUUGAUGUGGCUCAUACUCUGUUCCAUAAUGUCUUGCCAUGCUUUGUCGUAGGUGGCAGGGAGAGUGGCAGAAGAGCGCGGAGCCUUGCUGGGACACGAGGUUGGCUAUUGCAUACGAUUUGACGAUUGCACAGACCCGCAGGCUACUCGUAUUAAGGUGAGAUCAGUGUGUAUGGUAUAUCUACAUGAUAUUUCACUUUUACCUUAACAAGGUAGCUUUUAUGUAUAUAAAGUUGUGUAGUUAACCCUAUGUAAUCUACACAUAUAAGAUACCAUUGCAAAAUACUUUCAAAAAAGGUAUUUAAGGGGGCGGGGCCGGACCGCCGGAGGGAUCAGACGCGUUCUGUCUGAGCUCCCGCUUCAGGGCCGAAAAUCGGCGAUAACUGGGGGCCAAAUCUAACCAACGACACACUCCGGCAACUAAACUGACCCCCAGCUGUUGGGGAAAGCAGAGAUGCCUCCCAAAAACCCUACCUGGUACCAACGGUGACCCGAUGGAGGCCCGAAGCACGGGGGAGCUUGAGCCGGGAAGAGACGGCCGCUCUCCCGGGUCUCCAACCGCCGGCUGGCUUCCCCCCCCCCGGACCGGGGGGGUCAUCCCGGUCUACACAGACAUCCACCGGUGUGCCAAACCAGGCCUAAAAAAACCACCCCGCCGAGGUACACAUACUGAGCAGUGCCCCUCAAGAUGGCUGCCGCAUGAAAGCCACGUGCGUGAACUGCCAGCACAAUGAAGCCGAUCGCAGAGGAGACCACCCAUAUGACAUACUCCAGGGCUAUAUCUGCUGACCACACCGAGACCGGCAGCGGUGAGAAUGGCGAAAGCGGGAACAAAGCGGAGGAGCAAGCAACCUCUCCCACCUGCACAAGACAGUCCACUGAUGAAGAGAGUCAGAGGCCGCAGCUGGGCUGCAUAACUUGGACCCAGCUUCCUUCACCGAACCACCACAGACAGCACAUUGAAACCUGCCAACCAUAUGGACUAGGACUAUUCAAGCCCUUCAGCCUACUUUACCAAGCGGUAUUGUACGGACACUCUCUCGUGGGUCUGCUUAUAGCCACAUACCCAUGAUGUUUUGCUUUAAGGCACAUCGCUAUAUAUGCUUAUUUAACCCUUGUAAAAUGUGUUUGCAUAGCAGAAUUGUUGGUCUGGAUUAAGUUUACGUAGCAUAUACCUAGCUUGAGAUGAAUAUCUACUGUAAGGCAAGGCAGAACAGUUUGAAUACACAUCUCCUUAAGUGUCCUGUCAAUCUUAUAGGCAGCUUACUGUCUACCUACGUGCUACAUAAUACAGGCCUAUUCUACUUUUAUUAUUUUUCUCACACUUAAUUAGCCUAGCUAAGGGUAUUUUCUCGUUAUCAAACCUUGCAACUAGUGGUUACCCCUUUUGCCUGCGCUUAAUUGGUCAGCCGUGUGCUACCUCUAUAAUGCAUCUAUGUUGCCCACACAGCACACAAAAUCCUGCCAUUAUCUCCAUGCCAUGCUUAUGUCUAACCGUGAAACUGCUUAUCCAAGCUGAUGGGGCACUGACGGAUGUCUUUAGCAAUGUUUAAUCGACUCUAAUCACUUCUAUAUAUGUUAGAAUCAUAGUACGUUUAUUGUCUUCAGCUGGAUGACCCCACCGUGACCUAACACAAUAGACGAGCAAAACUAGCUUGUACUUAAUACGUUAAAAAUGUAAGCAUGUUCCUAGCCUGUUUUAUCUAAAAAAAAAAAAAAAAUGUGCUGUAUAUUCUUGCCAUAACAAUGUACACCGUUGAAACGCCUGUAACCGCUGUUGUGGCGCUACAGUCUACUCUGUUAUAUAAUCAAAUGCACAAAGAAAAAUAAAGAAUUAAAAAAAAAAAAAAGGUAUUUAAACUGCUUAUAACAAUGCAGGUAGAAUGUACCAGUAAUGUGUCUAAGAUGUUAUAAACAGGGAUCCCAAAGAUGGUGUAGAACUACAACUCCCAUGAUGCAUUGCAUGUCUUUAGAAUGACAAAGCAUCAUGAUAGCUGUAUUUUUAAAACAUCUACCUUUUAGGCACCACCUUUAUAAAAUCUCUAUACAGACAGCAUUUCCUUUACUGUCGUAUCAUAUUGUUAGACAGGAUUUUUAUUCAGUAGAUAAUUUUAAUGGAGGGACAGAUAUAUUAUUUAAUGUCAAUAUACCAGUCUCUGAUACAUAUUUUGAUCAAUCCUUUCUUCAUAAAGGCACUACUGAUCAAUUUCAUUUGUGUCUUGUUCAUUAAGCUUGUAAUGACAAACUACUUUUCCCAAAAUGCUUUGCCAAACACAUUUUUAACUUUUUAUUUUUUUUAAUUUUUUUUAGUUAUCAAUUUAUGCAGUCAGUCUUUUUAAAAGCUGUUCAGUAAUGUCACAUUUCUGGCUCUCCCUGAAGCCUGGUUCCUUUAUUGUUGUCCGAGUGCAGUAGGAAAUUGCCCCCUUCAAAAUCUACUUGUGUGCAGACACACAACUGUUUGGCUGCUGUCCAUAGACUGCCAAUAAACUUUACACGAUGCUGACAGAUCCUUGCUGUACAGUUGAAUCAGUGAUUCCAGCUAGUGGUUUAAUGAAUAAAUAGAGAGUGAGGCUUUUAGCUCUCUGCUUGUUGGUCUUUCUCUCCUGUUAACCCAUUAUCUCCUUGUAUCCAGUUCCUUACAGAUGGCAUGCUUGUCCGAGAAAUGAUGUCGGAUCCACUGCUCACCAAAUACAGGUUCGUUGCUUUGUCUUUCUUUUACCCAUGGAGUAUAAGAGGUGGGAACAGUUACUGGGUUAACAGUGAACUACAGCUGCGUGUGCACUCAGAAGAAACUGAGAAGGGCCUUCCACAUAUAUGUGUGGAAUUUAGAACCCAAACAGAUAUUUAGAAGACCACUUGUUGGGUGCUUAGGUGUCAGGGAAGCCUUAUGGAGAUCUAUAAUAAUAAACUCAAACUCAUGAAGUUGCUCCUAGUACACAGUGUGAUUUUUUUUUUUCUUUGUAUUUUUUGUUUGCUACAAUUAAGCUUCUCUCUUUAAUACAUCUAUACAUUAUUAGAAUUCAGAAUGUGUGUGUGUGUGGGGGGGGGGGAUUGUGCUUGCUUGCAUUGUUUUCAGUUGGUAUCUCUGUGUGAGAAUAUGCAGUUGUACAGCGCUGCGGAAUAUGUUGGUUUCAUGUAAAUGCCAUAGUAAUAAAAUAUCAGUAAAAUCUAGACUGUUAGUGAGCCCUCAUGUUUAGGUAACAGCAGACGAAUGCCUUGCAGCUAAUCUUAUAUUCUGGUUAACCAUAUUACUGCAGUAAACCCAUUGUCUGGGGGUUGGUGAAGAUAUUGUUAUAAAUUUAUUAAAUGUACUUUAUCUUGCGUGCAUGUAGAGCAACUUUGCCAACUGGAAAUGUAGCAAAUAUCUGGCAGAGUAGUAUGGAAUAAUUCCACUUAGAAUUUUAGAGUAUCUAAACAGACUUGACUGGUUUUAUAUCACAGAGCAGUGGUUCCCAAACCAAUCUACAAGGCACCCAAACAAUAUCGCCAUAUGAACUGAAUUGGGAAAUAACUAAAUCCUGGACUAUGGGGAUGGGAACCACUGACAUACUUAGCACAAAGGACAGAGAUAGUGUGUGAGACAAGAAGUACUUGCUAAUGUAAUAGGAUUAAACUCACUGUGUUUACACUGUCUGUCGGACAGUUUGCUGCUAAUAGAUCAGUUCAUCAUACUUUCUGUAAAGUUCUCUCCCCUACCCCCCUAGUAUCCAUGGCAUGCUUUAAAAUCUGUUUAAAUGUUUACUCAUUGUAUGACAAGCGUAUCAUCCUCUGUUUUAAUUCUCCCAGUGUGCUCAUGCUGGAUGAAGCUCAUGAGAGGACUCUUUAUACAGACAUUGCUAUCGGACUCCUGAAGAAGGUAAGAGAACCUAACUUUGAUGUCUUACAAUAGGGCUGACUCAGACGUAGGAAAUGGCAAUGCAUUUAAAAAAAAAAAAAAAAAAGUGUCUUUAAAGAAGUAUAAAAUAGUUAAAGGACCACUAUAGUGCCAGGAAAACUUGUUUUCCUGGCACUAUAGUGCCCUGAUGGUGCCUCCACCCUCAUUGUCCCCCUCCCGCCGGGCUGAAGUUGGAGGAAGGGGUUAAACACUUACCUUUCUCCAGUGCCGGGCUCCCUCGGCGCUGGGACUCUCCUCCUCCUUCGGUCUUCAUUGGCUGAAUGCGCAUGCGCGGCAACAGCCGCGCGUGCAUUCAGUCAGUCCAUAGGAAAGCAUUCUCAAUGCUUUCCUACGGACGCUGGCAUCUUCUCACUGUGAAAAUCACCGUGAGUAGCGCCUCUAGCGGCUGUCAGUGAGUCAGCCACUAGAGGCUGGAUUAACCCAUAUGUAAACAUAGCAGUUUCUCUGAAGCUGCUAUGUUUACAACAGGCAGGGUUAACCCUAGAGGGACCUGGCACCCAGACCAUUUUAUUGAGCUGAAGUGGUCUGGGUGCCUAUAGUGGUCCUUUAAGAUCACCUGUUUCUCUAUGCACCAACUGUAAAAAGAAUUGAUUAAAUUCAGUUUAGUUAUACAGUGCUAAAUCAUCAUUGAUCUAUUGAUCGCUUGACUUGUUUAUGAGCUGCACUUCCCAUAAUGCCUAAAAGCUUCCUAGGUAUCAUAGGAAUUGUUGUCCACAAAACAUAGGGUGACACGCUAAGCCAUAGCUGAUCUGGAUGAUAGACUUAAUAUUUUCAGCAGAUGAAUACAGUUUUCACAUGACCAGGCAAGUUUAGCUGUACCACUUAUAUACCUUCCACAUUAAACAGUGACCGUUUUCAAUGGGGAGAUAGCCCCUUACAAAAAAAGGCUACAGGUCUGUGAGGUCAGUUCCAAAAAUCUAAAACUCUGAAUAUCACAAUUUUUAGAAUACAAACUGUGAAGUAGUUACUGCAAUUUUUUUUCCUUGCAUUAUUUUUUACCUUGUCAUAUGUUUCUAACCCUCUGUUCAACCUUAUGGUAAUUGGCGCAGGUCCUAAAACGCUAUUUAUAGGUAUCAUAUUUUAUAUACAUCGACAGAUUUAAGUACAUGUUUUCCAGUGAGAUUCGAUGAUUCUAAAGAUAAAAUCUUUUCAGUUGACAUUUUGAAACCAACAGUUGUCCCUAUUAAUACAGUAAACAUGAUGAUCAUCGGGUUGUUGUGAUUUGUUAACUGAUUUUCAAAAUGUAGUUAAAAUUGGGAAAACCCUCCAAUUUACUGUCUUAAGGACUUUACCAACCCUGUCCUUUUGGCUUAAAUUUUGCAAGACUGGUUGAACUCACUAUUUAGUGAAUACCCUACUAUUUAAUUCAUGUCAAAGUUGUGCAAAAGUGCCUUGUAUAAUAAAAGACCAUUAGGGGUAUUCAAUUUAAAUUAUCACUAAUAUGACCAUUUAUAUAGCGACAACAGUUUCUGCAGCACUUUAUAGUUCAUCAAUGGGGAUAUUUAACAAUAACUAAUUGACAGGUACAAAUAAAGUUUGCAGGCACAAAAGAUGAAGAAAUUUGUUUAUCUGCUUGAUUGAAUUAAAACAUGGCACAGCAAAUGGGUAUAGCGCAGGACAAAUAAAAGCAGCAAGUAGCCUAAUGCCUUUCAUGUUUUAGAGACCAAUCCCAUAUGUUGCAAGGUAGCUGUCUGUCUGUUUAUGAACAAGUAACAGAGACAGCUACAGUAGCCCUAAAGUGAUCUUUUCCAAAACCAAAUGCAGAGACACCCCUCAGCUCCCUAGACCCCAGGGAAUGGAGUGCUGCAAACGCUAUCCGUCUCACAGCAGCCAGAGGUGGCCAGGAAGAGAGAGAGGAUAACUUAAUCUAUUGUUUUCCUGUGUGUCUGUGUGCGCGUAGGAGUGUAUAAUUAUGAAUGCAUGUGUGAGUGAAGGGCUAAUGUAAACAUGUGAGAAAGUGUGUUGCUAGUUAUGUAUGUUUGUUUAUGUGGGUAUUAUAGGCGAGUGUAUGUCGUAUAAACUGUGUCAGUGUAUAUAUUACUAUGUCUAUGUAUUUUGUAAUGGGUGGAAAGUGUGCUUGACCCCUAACCUUCUGCCCUGGUUCUUAGGUUCCAGGGAAAUGUCAACCCCUGAUUUAAGCUUAUAUGAAGUUAGAAUAUAUAUUUUUCAGUAUACUUAAAGGACCACUAUAGGCACCCAGACCACUUCAGCUGAAUGAAGUGGUCUGGGUGCCAGGUCCAUCUAGGAUUAACUCUGCCUGCUGUAAACAUAGCAGUUUCAGCGAAACUGCUAUGUUUACAUAUGGGUUAAUCCAGCCUCUAGUGGCUGUCUCAUUGACAGCAGCUAGAGGCGCUUCCGCGCUUCUCACUGUGAUUUUCACAGUGAGAAGACGAUAGCGUCCAUAGGAAAGAAUGCUAUGGAGAAUGAUUUCCUAUGGACUAACUGAAUGGCACGCGGCUCUUGCCGCGCAUUCAGCCGAUGACAACCGAAUGAGGAGGAGGCGCUGGAGAAAGGUGAGUGUUUAACCCCCUUCCUCCCCCUUCAGCACGGCGGGUGGGGCACUAUAGUGCCAGGAAAACCAGUUUGUUUUCCUGGCACUAUAGUGGUCCUUUAACAUUUACCAUACUGCGAGGAUUUAAUGGGUAGUUUGUAUUUACCUUGCUGGCUGAGAUCAUCAAGAUUGAUGAUUUCGGCAAAUCCAAUGCUUCCACUUGGGGAAGCCACUCGUAACAUUGCCAUACUAAACGGCAAUGUUUUACAUUGAAUACCUUUAGUUGUCCUUUAAAAAAAGCACUUAUCAGUCUUUUUGCUAUUGUUGGUUUAUACCCUGUAUCUGUUAUCAGUAUUUUUCUAUCUAUACUUGCUCUAUUAUUUAUUCAUUUUUGUUAUUCAGGUUCAGAAGAAGAGAGGGGAUCUGAGGCUGGUUAUAGCAUCAGCAACACUGGAUGCAGAGGUAAUUACAGCAUAUAAACCGAGACUCUUCAUCUAGAUACAUUGUUCUUUUUAUCAUCCAUACGGGUUUUCAUUUCCCCCUUUUAACGGUUACUACAAUAACGCCUUUUCUCUGCUUAUUGUAUGCUUUUUGUGCUGCACUAAUACAAUGUGACAAUAUACUGUGCUUGAUUCUAAAAUCCAGCUGUCAGUUCUUUGAUCUGAAUACUGAUGUUAUUAGAUCGCUUCCUGAAUUACAUCACACAUACCGGGACAUUUUGUUACUUUUGAUUAACUAUAGAGACACAAUGUACACAAUGUACAAAGCGCUGCAUCAUAUUGAAUACAUUAGGGGUCACUGUAUAUAUUUUAGCUCCUAUUAUACUGUAUACUGGGUGUUUGUAUGACGUGUUAUUAGUGUUUGUGACACUACCUUGACCAUUGCCAUUUGUGCCAGACCUGCUUAAUUCCGGUUAAGACCUUUUUUUUUUUUAUUGCCGAUGUGAAUAUAUCUUUGUUAAUUUUACAAUUGUGUAACUAUUCUCCAUGUUUAUAUUCAUCACGAUUAUACAUGAACCAUACGAUGUAUAUAAAAUGUCUGUAAUUUCUUUAUAUUUUUAAAUUUAAAAAAAGUACAUUAGCUGCUAACUAAUUAAAAGUCUCAAACCCUUGUGCAACAAGUACAUAUCACAUGAAAUGAUUUAAAUCUCAUCCCAGAAACAGCAGAAGCACUGCUAUGUCAAGACACAGAUUCUGAUGCCUUGUGUGAAUUGGCAUCUGAGUGAACCAGUGUCUGCAGUCAUGUACCGAUCUUUUGCUCAUGUGGGGCUCAUCAGCACAUUGCUCACCAGGGUUUGCUGUUGGAAAUCUCUCUGAGUGCAUAAAGAUUAGCAGUAGCGAGAUAUUGGUGAUUAACCCCUCAAGGACCAAACUUCUGGAAUAAAAGUUUUGUUUUGUCAAAUACAGGUCAUACAGCCUUCGGAAACGUAACAUGAGAACCAAAAACGUUACAAUUCUAUCUGUACCUUUUUAAAAUUUUAGCUUUUAAGCAGGGCCAUGAAAUUCUGAUGUCUUAUAGCACGAAGCUAUUGCACAGGAUGAUGUCUGAAAAUUUAAAAUAAAUAAGGAUAUCUAAAGCUGGAAGAGAGACAAUAUAUUUGGUAUAUGCACGUAUUACUAAAUUCGGGAUAUGUAUUAAGUUAUAAUUUGGACACGCUAAUAUUCCAGAAUUGGCACUUGAUGUUUGAAGCUUCUCUGCUAGAGUGUAUUAUUAUUUAGGGUAAUAUUCGCCAUUGUGUUCAAGUAAGAAAACCUUUCUAGUUUGAACAGGGGAAUCUAAGGAUGGACUUUUGAAAGGUAAAAACUGGCAAAACAAUGGUUACAGCCAGGGAUAUAAGAUCUGGAAGAAUAUUCAGUGUUCACUCCCGGUUUAUACUUGCAGGCGAUAAAGUGAAUUAUUGUUGUUUUACAAUUUUAUUUUAUACAUUUCACUGUUAUAUUUUCUGACUUUAAGUGUACAUUUCCUUUUUCUGUUUACACAAACACAGAAAUUCAAGGCGUUCUUUAAUCAGAAUGAUACUAAUGACCCCAACAGGGACACCUGUGCUAUCCUAACUGUGGAAGGAAGAACUUUUCCCGUAGAUAUUUUUUAUACUCAGAGGUUAGUCUUAUUAACAGUUUAAGUUAAAAAUUAGCAUUGCAUGUACAAUGUCAUUAUUUGUUUCAGUUGUCUUACUAUGUUGUUUUGUUUCCCUUUCUGUGACCUUUUCGUCACCUCUGUAUACUUUUAACCACUCAUCCACAUUCCAUCUCUUUUUGUUGUUCCUCUCCAUCACCCUAGUCCAGUUCCCGAUUACUUGAAGUCCACAGUCCAGACGGUAAUGACAAUUCACCAGAGUGAUAUGGAGGGGGAUGUUCUGGCAUUCUUGACUGGCCAGGUAAAAAAUGUAAUUCUUAUCCUGGACUAUGGGACAAAAUGUAGAAUCUAAAAACAAAUCUUCGCUGACUUCUUUUCACUUGUACCUAACUAUUCCAUGCCGUCGUCUUCCUCUUUUCUUGAAGUUCUUCCUUCGUUCUGUUUGUCAUUCCAUCAAUUUCUUUUUGUGCAAGCCUUUCUCUUCAUUACUUCAUCUCAUGCCAUCAUUUACUGUCUGGCAGGAGGAGGUUGAGAGUGUGGUGUCCAUGCUGGUGGAACAGGCCCGUGUUCUGUCUCGCACAGGCAUGAAGAAGCACUUACGUGUUCUCCCCAUGUAUGCUGGGCUUCCUACAGCCGAACAGAUGCAAGUAUUUGAGAGGGUUCCUCCCAGUGUCAGAAAGGUAAGCAUAAAAGAUGGCGAUUAUUUUCUUCCUGUUUAGCAUAGAUAUUCUAGGAUUGUUCAUUUGGCAUUCUCUGCUCUGUGUGUUUUUCUACAUCCUCAGGUGGUGGUUGCCACUAACAUUGCAGAGACAUCCAUCACGAUCAACGGCAUCUCCUUUGUCAUAGACUGUGGCUUUGUCAAGCUACGAGCAUAUGACCCCAAACGAGCAGUUGAAUCUCUGGUUCUGGUACCUGUGUCUCAAGCCUCAGCUAAUCAAAGAGCAGGGCGCAGUGGGAGGAACCGUUCUGGGCAGUGCUACCGACUUUACACAGGUAAAAUUGUGAUGACACAUCUUCUGACAGAUUAACAUUUUGUAAGCAAUAUUUUUCCCUUCUAAUGUGCCCUAUCCUACCGGUGAGAGUUACACCUCACAACUCCAACAUUGAUGCUCAUCUUUCUUAAGUAAUCAUUAGAAAUGUUUUGUGUCAUUGCGGGUUAGCCAUCAUUACUAUAGGUGAAGUGGUGGUGACUGGGGUAGGGGGUACAUCUGGGUUAAGGGUCUUAUGCAGCUGAAACGCAGAACUACAAAAAAAGCCUACAAAGAUUCCAUUGUGCUAAAAAUUACAUCUUACUCUUCUCAACAAUUGCAAACUUAGUGUACAUUUUUCAUGUCUCAGCAGUUAAAAUUGCAAGUUCUCAUUAGCUCUUGCUUCCUGGCAGGUUUGUUUUAGAAAAGCAGAAGUAGGGGUGCAGCCUGACAGCCGAGCUUGCCAGAUGUGCUUUGCUAGAGCUCUGGUCCCUGAGGCAAAUCCUGGCAAUAAAACUACAAACACACCCACCAAAAUUGGGUGAUAAAGCUUCAGGGGUUACCCACAGCAUCAGCGAGGCUGCUGAUCGAGCCAAAAGCUCAUAGCCUGGGAGGAUUAAUUCAGCAGGGCACUAGCGGCCUACACUGAGCUACACGAGGGUAGGAGACGCGGCUGAUCUCUCCACUAGCAUCCGCCCAGUAACGUGACGAAAUAGCACAGACACUGUUCCCCCCCGCCCUCCCGCCGGAGAGGGAUAUUCCGGCACUGCGCUACAGAGUUAACCUAUUGACCUCUGGUGUUGGUGUGAAAAUUUUAAGCGAAGACAACGCUGUGUGCUUUGGCCUCACCAAGAUGGCGGAUGCCACAUGCUCCUCCGCCAAUGGAGACCUGUCAUACACCACCCAGCAACAUCUCGACAAGCUGUUUGAAGCCUUUUGGCAACGAGUCAGCAGGCGAUGGCAAAAGCCCGCACAUAACAAAGUGGCACAGCAACUCCCUGACCUACCUUCGACUCCCCACCAGCAGUCUGUCAAGGCCACACCGCGGACAAUCACAAUUUAUUUGCAAGCUCGACCGAGCGCUCUGCAUAUUCAGAACAGGAGGACUCACAAGGGGGUGCCUAACCGGAGAAGGCUCUCGAAGAAACAAAGCAGCCGGAGGCCGGUUCGGAGCCAGUCUCUCACUACCAGCAGCAAAUGUGCUGGGCACUACACUCACCUGCCGUCCAGUCCCCUUCUACAGAAGACGCCGCUGAACCUGCCGAUGAACCGCCACCAAUGUCUAUCUAAGGGUGACAGCCCCUCCAUAAGAAAGCUUCUGACACAAGGCCAGGCUUCCAACUGGUGGGACAAAGCUGAACUCAUACAGGAAAUAAAACAAGAAAGUAUCAGCGCUAUUUGAGUAUAGUAUCUUAAAAUUUAUAUAUAAUCCAAGCAGCUGCUAACCACCGUGAGAAUCUUUUAAACAAGAGUGAUAGAAAGUAGUAGGUAGUAACGGUGUAGCGCUUAUGUGCAGAAUUGAAUAUAAAAAAGUUUACCCAAUUUUUCUUCUAUGUUAAUCAGUUAUUCUUUGUUAACCUUAAGGUAAAAUAGAAAAAAUACAUAACAUAACUCAUACAGGAAAUACGCUAGGCAGAGGGCAAUCAACUGGCCUCUUUACCCGGUAUCCUGCAUCUGCAGAAUCCAUAUCAAGAGAUGUUCCAACUCAGCCCAACCAUAUGUAUCCUAUUGGAAUGCCUUGCACACUUAGCUCUGUUCUAUAACUCAUGUUAUCCACUAGUUAUUUCACCUCCUAGUACAGUGCUCCUGUUGUUUUUCUUGUUUUCUACUUACUGUAGGAACUGCUCUUGCAAGUCCAUCACAAAGCUCAAACUCCACUUAAAAUGAUGUCUUUAUUCACGACCUACCUCUAUAUUUAAACCUCUUCCCUCCAUCCUGUUGAUGUACAGGUCUUCUUCUAUAUGAAUUAUUUUCUUGACACUUUCUUGCAUUCGUUUAGUUUAACUACAAUUAUCAUCCAAUCUCUUUCUCUCUUCCUGUGUCUCACUUCGAGUUAGUACUAGGCACCAGGUAGCUCUCCGGCUGCUGUGGACCUGCUACUUCUAUGAUAACAUUCUAGAACCUGGAGUUCUUGUGAUAAGACCUCCCUAGGCUGGCAGAGCAAAACGGAUGACGUAGUUCCACAAAAGCUGGAGAACAAUAUGUAGUCUGCCAGUGUUUCAGUGCUUUUUUUUGUUGUUGUAAAUUUUAAUUUUAGAACAGUAAGAAAAAUAGGUUUAUUAAAAUAAGUAAAUGAAAGUAAAAUCCAUAGCUUGGUAAUAAAUGUUAUAGGGUUGUCAGCAUAAAGCUUUUUCUGUGAUUCUUUUUAUUACUGUUACUGUGAGGCUUAUAAACAAAGAAUUGUGGAAGAUCAACAAAGGCAACUGCAAAGAUGGAAAAUGCUUUGGGUGGAGAGAUUUACCAGUUGGUCUAGCUUAAAGGGGAACUGCCAUUUCUCUGGAAAGUACAUCAUUUAACAUGCACUGAAUAUGAUCUAUAAUUUGUUUUUAACUUUUUUUAAUGUGAUGCUCCUUUUUUAAUUCAUAUUAAAGUACACCUGUCAUUACCAAAACUAAUUUUCUCUCUUUCUCUAAAAAACAUCAGAUUUAAUUUAUAUAUUGUGCUAGGAGUUUUGCUAGUCAAUGUAUGGAAAAAUAGGAUCUUUUCCCACCUGUCAGUCAGUUUUUCAGCAUAGACUGUGCUGAAAACUUCAUUUAUAAAAGAGUGUAAAAGAAGAUCACCCACAAGCAGUCCUUCUGCUCUCUGUCCAUAGCAACCACAUGGCGUGUGCUAUGGUAUCUCCCUAGCCAGUCUUGCUAUCAGACGCUGGCAACAAAUUCAUUGUAUCUGAGUCAUGGUGGAGUUUUGUCCUGCUUGGGAAAGCCUCUCCAAGCAGGGCAAAUCAGAGAACGGGCAUACUGGAGGUGGGAGUAUGUGGGGAGCGGAUGGUCAGGUAAGUGGUGACAGGUUCCCUUUAAAUAUAGAGUAAAUUACACACAAUCUAAUUUAGACACUGCCAGGGUCAAACAUUGAAAAAGAGGUGGAGAAAGAGAAGCAUUGUUUUAUUUAUCCUCCUCUUUACUGAAUGCAUUCUCUGUGCUGACUGUCAGAUACAAAGGACAGAGCUAAUAACCGUGAUUGACCGGGAGUUAUGAUGGAGGUGUCCAGUUGCAGGAUUUCUACAUUUUAUUUCAUUUUCAUAUCUCUCAAAAUAUUUAUUUGUUAAAUGUAGGGGAUAUAUAAACACAAAAUAAAAUAUCCGAGAAGUGGCUGUUCCCAUUUUAAAGUUUGCAAAACCUUUUGUCAAUUCUCCCAAUUUUUAGUUUAGGUGAUAAACCUGUUGGUUGAGAUUUUGCAUGUCUGUUACUUCUUAGUUUUGUUUCAUGUUUCUCCCCUCUCCCACCUGUUUCCUUCCUUGUCUCUCCCUCUUGGUCUGUGUGUCUUGUCUUCUCCCUCUGUCUGCACGUAGACUGUGUGUUUACUGUAAUCUGAUUCAUGCUCCAUCAUGCCCCGCACCCACAGUUUAAGGUGUGUAUCCCUGUGACUUGUGAAAGCUGGAAGGAAAAUAAAAUCAAAUUUCCCGCCCUGAUUUACAUAUUCCAUUAUAUUUCAAAAAACAACAUGAUGUAGAUUAACGUUACAAACCCCUGGAGGGAGAAUGAUGAAAUGAAUAGGGUAAACGAAGUUCCCAUUCUCCUACUUUGAAACAAUGAGCAAAAAGCUGUUCUAACAACUGAAAAAUAUUUCAAACUGUCAGUUGGGGCUUCAAAGGGAUUGAGUCAGAGGAACAUAUUGCAUGUUAUAUAGAAUAAAGGGCAAUUGGAGGAUAAUUUUAUCAUGUCAGAACAAAUAGUAUGAAGAUCAUCCAUUAACCCUAUCCUAUCCAUGCCAGAUGGUUAAAGGAAAACUUCUGCAGUUUUCUGAGCAUUGGCAUUUAAGUGAUCCUUGCGUAGAAGCAGAAUUUACUCACGCUCCUGUGACCAGCACUGUAUUUAUAUUACCGGACACCACUAAUGCUUGGUUGUAUAGGAUGAGGUAUUAGCAGUAGAAAGAAGGAAGUGCUCAUGCCGUUGUACAGAACACUGGUGAGACCUCACUUGGAGUAUUGAAUGCAGUACUGGAGACCGUAUCUUCAGAAGGAUAUUGAUACUUUAGAGAGAGUUCAGAGAAGGGCUACUAAACUGGUUCAUGGAUUGCGGGAUAAAACUUACCAGGAAAGGUUAAAGGAUCUUAACAUGUAUAGCUUGGAGGAAAGACGAGACAGGGGGGAUAUGAUAGAAACAUUUAAAUAUAUAAAGGGAAUCAACACAGUAAAGGAGGAGACUAUAUUUAAAAGAAGAAAACUACCACAACUAGAGGUCAUAUUUUUAAAUCUUUGCCCCUCUAAUUUAAAACUAUCAGGAAAUAUUACUUUACUGAGAGGGUAGUGGAUGCAUGGAAUAGCCUUCCAGGUGAAGUGGUAGAGGUUAACACAGUGAGGGAGUUUUAACAUGCGUGGGAUAUGCAUAAGGCUAUCCUAGAUAUAAGAUACGGCCAGGGACUAAUGAAAGUAUUUAGAAAAUUGGGCAGACUAGAUGGGCCGAAUGGUUCUUAUCUGCCGGCACAUUCUAUGUUAUAAUACAAUGCCGGCAAAGCAGAUCGUAGGUUUGGGUAGUCACUGCUCCUGGCUGAGAAUCACUUAACUGGCAGCACUGAGGGAGAGAACUCCACAGCAGAUGCCAGUUGUCCUUUUAAGAACUACAUUUGCGGUGAUGGUGAGCAUACCAUCUUGCUUUUGCAGAGAAGAAAGUUUUUAAGCAAAGAUACUUGACUUAAGUAAUUGCACAUAAAGACUUCUUUAGAUUUAUCUAAACACUAUUUAAUGUUUUAUUUUACAUUCUGUUCACUGAUAACACUAAAGCUAAAAUUAUCUCCAUUGCAGUGCAGAGGCCAAGCUCUACUUGUAGCCUGAUUCUCAUCCACCAUCUCACUAGAGUGGGAGGACGGGCUGAAGGGAGGACAUGGGCUGCACAGGAUGGGGGAUUCUGUCAUUGUAUGCCUUUCGCCAGCAUGCUGUGACAUCAGACAUACAGUAUGCAAAGACUUAAUAUUGGUCACACCAGAACUCUAAAAAUGCCCUAAUCAUGCUGACGGAGGUAGUUACACCUAUGACACCAAAGAGGCUAAACGCAAUAUGUGCAUGGGCAGUAUUUCAUAGUGAAACACUGCACAUACAGAAUCUAUGGUGCAUGUUGCUUAGCGUAACCCUUUAAUGUACAUAGAACAUUCCAUUGAUUAGAAACCUCAAAAUAGAGCAAAGUUUAAAAAGUCAAAGGGGAAGGUAUUGCACAACAAAUAAUGACUGCUGGGGAAGGAAGAGAGAGAGAUGGAAAAGGGGCUUAAUGGGAAACAAGUGUAGAGGCAGUACGUACACUGGAGGCACAUAUAACCAUUCACUGCCACUUUUGUCCUCUCACCCACCCACUAUGGGUUACGGUCUUGAUAGGGAUUAAUUUUUUACGGACUGUAGCCAAACAGAAAGUACAUGAUGUACCCAACUUUGUUCAUGCAACCCUGUUAACUUUGUACAUAUGAUUACUGUCUUCUACAAACAAUGCCAAACUUCUCAUGUAUAAAUAUGUCACAAUAAUAAUACGUUUUUAUGCAAAUGUUAUUGUUUUCAAAUUGCGACCAGAAAAUCUAAAAAUAAAGAUUGUCCAAAAAAGUUUAAAAAGUCAAACCCCUUGGUAACUUAUGAAAUGUUCCUGUUGGUUACAGUGGUGAUUGCUAAACCUUAAUUUUACUACAUUUUGGUUUUAGUGGCACAUUUAGCCCAUGUAAAACUGUACAGCCUGUCCAACUAUAAACAACUCCUAAGUUACGUUGGCACCUCUUGUCUCACCGAACAGUCUUACCAUCUUCAUUUAUGGUUCUGAUUUCCUACAUGCACUGUCUUCCAUUUCCUGUGAAUUAUAUGAUUGUAAGCUUAGCCCUCUCUAUCUCACUUGUCGUAGUAUAAUGGAAACUCUACAACUAAACUUCCUUGUAGACGCCCAAAGACAAUCACAAAUGGUCAACAGCCCCCAACUUUGGUAGAAUAAAAACUCUUUGAUGGCUUUCCGGAAUCACUUAUCAUUCUGCAAGAGUGGGGGGAUUCUCUUCUGUCACCAAUAGAACCCCAAAUUUACUAAUGUUAUAACUGGUUUAUUGCUUUCUUCCAUCUGCAGAGGAGGAUUUUCAGAAGCUCCCUCCGUCCACCGUGCCAGAGAUGCAGCGGAGUAACCUUUCACCAGUGGUUUUGCAGCUGAAAGCACUUGGCAUCGACAAUGUUCUACGUUUCCCCUUCCUGUCGGUUAGUUGGAGGCUUGGUCUGGGAAUAGAUGGGUUAGAAGGUUAUGCCAAGAAAAUGGUUGCACUUUCUAUGUAUGAUUGAUUAUCUGUUUUCGAAUAAAUCCUUCUACAACUAUUUCAAUUUAUAUUUUUCAAUUUUCAUCUUGAUUGUUGCCGCCCUAGUUUGUGGGUGUGUCUCAAAAUGCAUAGUUCUGUUUUGCUUUAUAAAGAUCCGGUAAUCUCUUAAUCCAGCAGGCAGAACGUUGACUCCCAUGAUGCUUUGACAGCCUAAGCAUUAGUGAAGUAUUAGUUCAACAGCCUGAGGUGGUGCUACAUGUUAACCACCCAUUCCACAACUUGGAGAUCUGUAGUUAAUCAGAUACCAUGAGCUAUGGCGUAACUGAGAGCACUAUCAGAAACUGGAAAUUCUUAUUAAUGCUGUGUCUGUCCUGGGACAAGCAGACACCCCUGAAUAGCAUUAGAUUUCCAGUAUCUGCAGUAAAAUGGAUAUCACUUGAAUCUGUGACACUAUUAAUGACAACCUAUAGAUGUGCAUUACUUAUGUUUAUUUCUCUAUCUCUUCCAGCCACCCCCUGCACAGUCAAUGGUUCAGGCCUUGGAGCUACUGUAUGCGUUGGGAGGUGAGAACUCCUAUGUUUAUCCAUAACCUCUGUCUCCUGAUUUUAUACAUCGAUAACAUUCAUACUGAAACUAACUGUGUCUUCAGUGGAAGGAUGCAUCUUGCAUAGUUUGUGCAGACUUGUAGAUGCAUGUUUUUGCAGAUAACUUGCAUAUUGGCUAUACUGAAGGGGGCUUAAAGACAAGUGGGCCUAUAUUCUAAGAAUAGCUGAAAGUCAUUGCUUUGGGGUAUAAAUUGCCCUUUAAAAUAACUUUGUGUUUAAAAGCCACUCUGUUACUUACACCUGCUAUGAAUCUGCUGUUACCAGUGGGAACAUCACAUCUUAAUGUGACAUUCCAAAAACACGGAUCUCUCUAGCUGAUACAUGAAUUUUGAAAAAGGCAAAGCCUUUAGCUCUAAAUGCGGAGUGUUUUUUGUUUAUUGACUGGUGUAUAUAUAUUAUGUUUGUACCGCAGGUCUUAACGUACUGAAAACCUGUACUGGUGGAGGUUCUCAAGGACAGAACUUUUCUGCUGCUACAUGGUCUUUGAUAUUCUUGUUGCCUUCUGUUAGUUAUAAUUGUUUAAGAAUUUCCUGAAAAAUACAGUCAGUGUGAAGUUUAGUUUACAUAAAAGAGCACAUUUUGAGGGAAAGAAAUAUAAAUAUAUAAGUUAUGGAACUUGCUUGUUUUUAGUGUUCCUUGAUAUUGACAUUUAACAGCAAAAUGAAAGUGUUAAUUUUUGGGGGGGUUUUUCCCCCUCAUUUGAACAUUUUUGGACAAAUGACUGUGAUUUGCAUACUCGUCAUAUUGAGAUUGCCUAAAAACAAACGUACUAAUUAAAAUGCAGCUGUGUGUGCACAUUUCAUUUUUUCUUUCUAUUUGUGUAUGCAACCUAUUGUAAUCUUUUUAUAAAAUGCGUGGUGCCGGAAAACAAACAGCCCCACGCAUACACACACCACAGACCAUACACACAAUGUGACACCGCACAGGCAGAAUACAACAACAUACACACCUCAAUUUAAAAAAUUAGGACUGGCAUGCCUUAGGACAAGAUCUUGUUUUGGCAUACUACUAAUAAAAGGUUGCCGACCCCUGUGCUAUAGGAAUUUAUAUUUAUAUGCACUGUUUUCCCUUUCUGUAAACUAUGUAAACCCUACCUUUAAUGCUUAAUUGCUUAGAAAAAGAUGUAUUUGUGUCAUAUUUAAGUAUAGAAUAUACUUUAAAUUGCAUUGAGACUUAAUAAUUGUAAGUAUUUUUCAGAAGGACUUACUAUUCAUUGGACAUUACUGGUUUUCUUGGUAAAUUUCUAAACCUAAUGUCUUUGUGCUGUUUCUGCUUUAGGUCUGGAUAAACACUGCCGUUUGACCGAGCCCCUUGGUGUACGGAUGGCUGAGUUCCCCCUCAAUCCUAUGUUUGCCAAGAUGUUACUAGAGUCCGGUAAAUACCAGAUGACCAUUGAAAGAAUUCACAGCUAUAGGUCAUUUACCAUACUCACAACUGCCUAGACACGAAUGGAUCUGCAUCCAGGGAUAUUCCUCCUGUGUCGCUACUCACAGCCAUUUUGAAAAUUUGCUGAUCCAUGUCAGAUGCAUUCAUGUGUAAUAGAACAUGCUCACUUUAGUGUUUGUGGUCUGUGUGUGUGCGCAAGGAUGUUUUACUGUCUUCGAUACAUAUGCAGAGCUGUCGGCAAACUGGCAGCCCAAAAGCACACAUAGGUGGCCUCCGCAUCUCCAGUUCAGUAGUUUGAACCUAUGAUUUAAAGAAAGGUUUCGUUUCACAGGAUUUUUUUAUAUUAUGUUUACUUAUCACUAUAUUUAACAAAUAUGUAUUUGUGGAGUAUGAAAAAUAAAAGUAAAUGCAGAAAUAUACACCUCUUUAUUAUGCAGCUGGGUGCAGUCAUCUUGGCCUCCCUGUCAAUCAUUAUUAUAAGCUCUGCCCUUUGCAUUUGGCAGUCAGCCUACGAAAAGGAGAAAAUAAACAAAUCGAUGUUUCUAUGGCUCUGCCGUAUUUGCAGUGUUGGUUCUCGCUUUGCCUUGUCGGAACAUGAUUAUGGUGUAAUGCCUGUUAAAUCUUUAACAGGCAUUUAAAAGGAAGAAUUAAAAAGCAUCCCUUUUAACAUUUCACUAGUUUGUUACUUUAGCCUCUAUUGUCAUUCAGUUUAAGUUACAUCCUAAAGGAUAUAUUUAACCUGUUAAAUAAAACCACUAAACUGGAACUACCAUAUGCCAAUAUAAAUCUAAAAGGGCUACGGAGGCUAUAAUACAAAUGUCAUUUUGGCUAGGUGUGAAAUGAGUGGAAAAUGACAUACUACAAACAUACUAUAACAUGAAGUAUAUAAGAUUUAUACUAAUCUUUCUCACAAUUAACGGUCCUCUAUAACAGAAACUGAAGUUAUUUUGAAUUGCAUGCUGCUUUCUCCCCUGGCUGCAUUCUGUCUGUUUUAAGAUGAUUGCAGGUUUGGGAUCAGAUGAGGGAAUUUAUUAAACAGUGAAUUGAAGUAAACAAAACAAAAAGCAAACAAAGAAUAUGAGAACCCUGAAAAGCUUAGUGAACCUCAGUAGCUUGCCGUUCGGUUAGUUCCCGCUCAGGUCUCAAAAAAUGUUUUUGGUCACUUGUGCCAUUACAAAGAUAAUCUAUACAAUUUACAUAUCAGACUGAUCGCGACCAUAAGGGCAGUCCAGGACCAAUUCCUUUCUGCAUUAUAGAUACAGCAAUCUCGGGCGAUCAUGAGAAAAAUACAUAUUUUCUGUAUUUGUUGCAAUGCAUUUAUUUACGCUCUCCCUAAGCUGGAAGAGUAGUCCAGGCAUGGACCCCAUGCUCACAGUGUCUAAAGGGGUAUCAGAUACAUCGGAUACACCUUGCUGAUGAGGCCCAAAGAAGGUUGAAACAAUUAUCUGGGUUGCUGUAUCUUUCAUCCAGAUAAUUACUUGCCAGCAUUUUGGUUCUGGACUGCCCUUAUGGGUGGGAUCAGUCUGAUAUGUAAAUGGUAUAAGUUCUCUCUGUAAUGGCACAAGUGACCAAAAACAUUUUGAACACCGGACUGGGGACUAACCAAAGGGCAAGCUACUGCGUUUCUCUAAGCUUUUGCACAUUCUUAGAGUUCUCAUAUUCUAUGUUUUUGUUGCAGUGAAUUGUAGUAAAUAGAAAAAAUAGCUGAUUUUGUAAAAUUUUUAAUUUUAUGUUCACCAAAGUCAUAAACCAGCUUUUUUUGUCCUGAAUUUUACAGUUCUGUUUUCAAUUUACCCUUCAGGGUAAUUAACUAGACGAGAUAAAGGUAGAGGAACAAUAAUACAAUUGUAAAAUAUUUUCAGAGGCUUUAGUUCUUCCCAGUAAUGUGAAGGUAGCUCACUUUUAGAAAUUAUCAUCUCUCCUCCAUUCAUGAUCAGAUCUCACUUACAAGUGUACUGGUGCCCUCUAGUGUUAAUUCUGUUACUCAUCCUUUCUCACUUAACAACAGCAAAAUACACACUCAAUGCAGUCACACAUUGGUUGAUAUGUGUUGUUGGUUUAGUUAGUUAGUUAAGCUUGGUGGGCUUUUUAUUUUUUUUACUUUAGUCUUAAGAGAAUGAUCUCAGUUAUAAAGUAAGAUGUGAUCAUCCAAAGCAAUUGUGUUAGAUUUUUCAACAAAAUGUUGUUUCUUGAUUUUAUUAAGAACCCCUCUUCCUUUUUUCUCUACAGGUAAUUUUGGCUGCUCAGCUGAGAUUUUAAGUAUUGCCGCUAUGAUGCAGAUUCAGAACGUCUUUGUUGUACCCCCGAAUCAAAAAUUACAGGCUGUGAGUGUUUGUUUCUACUGAUUUAAGGCUCUGGAAAUGUUGAGAUAAAGAAAGAAACUGGGAAAAUUGUAAUGUUUCCAUUUAGGAUUAGUGUGUAUGAAGAGACAAUAUGGGAAGGGUUAGUAAUAUAUGUGGAAAAACCUGCAACAUGUCUGGUUUUGCUAAAAAAAUAAUAACAAUUCUGAAUUAUAUUGCAUACUGUGCCAUUCUGUGAAUUUCAUAUUUUGAUUGACUGAAGGCACCAAGCAGUCAGCCUGAAUAUAGUUCUAAUUUUAGAUAGCUUAGUAACUCUCUCUAAAUUACUUACUACGAAUUUCUACAUCAGCAAAUUAUGGCUUUGCUUUAAUAAGUAGGAUAAACGUUUAACAAUAUUUUUUCAAUAUUUUAAAAUAUUAAAUAUAUCUACAAAUCAAUCACUCCAAAGAUAUAUUAAAAUAUUACACAAUUGUAAAUAUAUUUCACAAUAUUAUACAUAUGUGGGAUUAUCAUACCUUCCACAUUGGUUUUUGUAACAUUCCUAAUCCCCCAUUUAUUUAUCUAAUUCCGGAGAUGCCUGUCAAGUCUGAUGUCUAUUUCAAUGAGUGGUACCCAGUAAUGGAGGUUUUGGUCCUGCCCCAGAGGUUAAGAAUUAGUACAUUAAACCAAUGCCAGUGGAAUACGGAUACGUGGUAGAAGUAGUGGCGAUAAUAUACAUUGGCAAUAAGAAGCCAGUUGAGAUCUAUUCUAUUCCAGCAGCACAUGAUGUCAAUCUUUCCGGUGGACAUUAUUUUCUUUUUUUAUUAGACACGGGAACACCGCAAGUUUGCAGUGGAGGAGGGAGACCAUCUCACCAUGUUAAACGUGUUUGAAGCUUUCAUCAAGGUAUGCUACAACAAUGUAUGGCCUCUUGGAACAGUUAGGGUUUAAUGCCAGAUUGCUGGUGGGUAGAUGUACAGCCACUUGGCGUAAAAUACUCAAUAGUUAAUGAAUUCAGUGAUGGGUGAUACAAUUAUUAGCUCAGUAUCAGAGCUUUGCACUCCAGUGAUAAGACUAACAGUGGGUAAUCCAAAAAAUAAACCUCCUUAUUCAUUGUUACAAAAUCAAAUAUAAAAUUAGGCAGACAAAGCAUUUACAUAUAUAUCCAUACUAACUCUAAGGGAAGGGGAACAACAAAAAACUGAAAAAGCUGGACACACGGCACAAGGUAUAACGCAUCUUGUGUUUCCCCUGACUGAAUGCUAAUAAGUCAAUACUAUUAAAAAUGUUUUAUCAUUUUUCAGUCGUGCAUUAUUAGGUUGCUCUUUACUGAGUGUUUAAUCUGUUAUAUUAAAAACAAGCAGAUGGAGAUUCAUUGGUUAACCUGUAGCUAAUUGCUGCACAUGCAAGGGGUAUGUAAACACUGUGUUCACUGAUGAGGAUGUGGUGGUUGGAAAAAUCCUCCAGCGGGAACGAAAAUCGCAUUCCCCCAUCCCUGUACAGUUAGUGUGGGUAUAUGUGCAUACUUUAUUUUUUUGUGACAAUGAAUACAAAUCUUUAUUUUUGGUGCUACCCACUGUUGGUCUCUUCCUUAGUGCAAUAUGAUACUGUGCUACUAUUUAAAUCUUGAGGGGUGCAGAGACAUGUACCCGCAAGAGAGUUUAUUUCAUCAUUUGUUUGUACCUCGAUACUGAUGCACAACUAGUUUUAGCAACCGGUACUUUAUCACUGAACUGCAGCAAUGCAAAAACAUCCUGCCACUUCUCCAAUACAUAGCUUGGAUUUCUUGAUGUUAAAGUUUGCAUUUAAAGUUUUUUCCUAUUUUUCUCCAGUUCAACAAGAGCUCCCACUGGUGUCAGCAACAUUUCCUGAACUAUAAGGGUCUGAUGAGAGCAAUGACUGUGAGGGAGCAGCUGAAAAAACUUCUCAGCAAAUUCAAAGUACCCAAGAACUCAAGUGAAGGUGAGUGAGACAGGAAUGCUUGGAUAGUUGUGGGAUUUGCAAUAAUCGGUAUGAGCACUAAUGUGAGUAUGUAAGAUAGUAUUUAUAGUGCACUGCAAUUAAUCAUUGGUUAAAACGAACCGUUCACAAAACCGGAAAAACACGGAGCAUCCAUUAACAUACAACAAAAAAAGGAAAGAAACAAUAGAUGAUGAAGUACUAGAAAUUAAACUAGGUUUGUGAUUGUAGUAACACAUGUUCUUCAUUCAAAGCACAAGGUGAUUCUCAGUACAGAUGACACAUAAUAGUUUAGUAAUAAUCAAUAAAUACAGUUAAAUGCACGGGUAGUAGCUAUGCUCAAAAAAUGCCCUGGAUGGGCCAUUAAUGCACACAAACUGGGAGGCAGAUAAAAUUCCGGACACAUUUAUUAUUGCUCCUUCAUUCAUACCCUGAUGACAUUUUCUGUGUUAUGGAACUGCCUCUCUGUUUGUGGGUAUAUUUGGCCUGCCCAUUGUAUAUAAGUUAUUGCUGUAUAUUGGGUAGUGGGAGUAUAAAGAGAAAAAACACCUCUGUAUCAGUCAAUACAACUGUCAAUGCUGAAAUCACAUAAAUACUUUCAGGUAUAGGUGAUAAGUCCCAGAACCAACCAGGGUUAAUGGUCACAAGCACAACAAGUGUACUAUUUGAAUAGCUCAGGGAACAUAGAACAAUAGCUAGUAUAGAAUUGUAAAAAGAAUGUAGAGAUACAUAUGAUGUAUUCUAGCAAUGAGUAGGGUGAGUGGAAGUUUUGCUUGGAUUAAUUAAUGGAAGAAAGGAGGGAUAGGGAAAAGAAAGUAAGAAAUAAAAAUAUACGGAAUGCACACAGGUAGACGAGGGGAGAUAAGGAGAAGCAAAGGACUCUGUAAACAGACAAAGGAAGGAAAGAAGUAGAAGAACUGGGUAGGACUAGGGAGAGGAAAGGGAAUAAGCCCACUACAUGUUUAACCACGAUUGCACAUGGUUUACUUUGCGAGUGUGCCAUUACCAUUUAAUGCUGCAAUGUUAUAUUGCUGAUAUGUUUGAUUUUAGGCCGUUUCUGCUGAUAAUUACAAUCUGCUAAAAAACAGGAUAUUCUACAUUGACAUACAAUAAUACAAUGUGUUCAUACCACAUUCACAAUAUUGUGCUUAUGUUUCUGUGUUUCCCAUUCACUAUUUUUUAUAUUCUUAAUAUAUAUCUUUUAGGAGACCCAGAUCCCAUCUUGAGAUGUAUUGUGGCAGGAUUCUUUGCAAACGCGGCUAAGCUUCAUUCCACUGGGGUGUACAGGUAACUGAGGAGUGUAAGAGCUACAUUUAGAGAACAGAGCAGAUAACUUUGGCUAAAAGAAUCAUAAUUAUGUUUUUGUUUUUGCUGCUUUAGGACAGUUCGAGAUGGUCAUGAGCUGCAUAUUCACCCUACUUCUGUGUUAUUUGCAGAGAAGCCCCCAAGCUGGUGAGAUAUUGUUUCUUGACUCUUCCAUCUGUCUACUCUACAACAUGACCUGAUGCUUAUUGCUAUCAGGGUAUUCCUUGUAUUGGGUCUGUCACAUAGUUACAUAGCUGAAAAGAGACUUGCGUCCAUCAAGUUCAGCCUUUCUCACGUAUGUUUUUGCUGUUGGUCCAAAAUAAGGCAAAAAACUUAGUCUGGAGCACCAAUUUUGCGACAAACUAGGAAAAAAUUCCUUCUUGACCCCAGAAUGGCUGUUUGAUAUCUCCUUGGAUCCAGAAGUUAUUACCCCACUAAUUAAAAAUUAUAUCCCUUUAGAUUGUUUUUGCAAGUAUUUAUCCAAUUCCUGUUUUAAACAUCUGUACAGGCUCUGAUAAAACCACUUCUUCAGGCUGAGAAUUCCACAUCUUUAUUGUUCUUACUGUAAAAAAAAACCUUUCCUUUGCCUUAGAUGAAAUCUCAGUUCUUCCAGUUUAAAUGCAUGACCUUGUGUCCUAUGUAUAGUUGUAUAGUCCUGUUUAUGAAUAGAUUUCUAAACAAUGGUUUGUAUUGGCCCCAAAUAUAUUUGUAUAAUGUUAUCAUAUUCACUAUGAGGAGCUGUUUUUCCAAACUAGAGAGAUUUCAUUGUUAACCUUUCUUCAUAACUAAAAUGCUCCAUUCCUUUUUAUUAAUUUUGUAGCCAGCAGUUUUUCUAGUUCAAGGUGUGGUCUUACCAGUGAUUUAUUAUGUCUUAUGGAUGUUGUGUACUCUGUCUCAAAGGGUGCUGUUCAGUGAGGUGAUCCAGACCAAUAAAUACUACAUGCGUGAUGUGACUGCUAUAGAGUCUGCAUGGCUGUUGGAACUAGCACCACACUUCUACCAGCAAGGAACAGUAAGUACCUUACAUGCCCACUUACCUGCUAGAAACUAUAAGCACACACUGAUAUAUGGAACGACACUUAGAGCCAAGUUAUUAAAAGUAGCAAACACUAACAUGAUACCAAGAGGAAUGAGACGCAAGUUAUACUGAUCUAGCUGGUAACAUCACCUACAAUGCAAAUGCUGCAUUUAGGUGGCUCUGAUUUCUGCUCAGUGGAGUUGGAACUUAUUAUUUGAGCCACUCUCCUGCAAGGCUCUUGGCUGCAGUUCCACUUAUCUAACACAUAAAAUGAAUGGAUUUACCACUUCAGCUUGAAGGUUAUUCCAUGCAUCCACUACCCUCUCAGUAAAGUAAUACUUCCUGAUAUUAUUUUUAAUCCUUUGCUACUUUAAUUUAAGACUGUCCUCUAAUGGCAGUUUUUCUUCUUUUAAAUAUAGUCUCCUCCUUUACUGUGUUGAUUCCUUUAUGCAUUUAAAUGUUUCUAUCAUAUCGGCCCAGUCUCGUCUUUCCUCUAAGCUAUACAUGUUAAGAUCAUUUAACCUUUUCUUGUAGGUUGUAUCCUAUAAUCCAUGAACCAGUUUAGUAGCCCUUGUCUGAACUAAUUCCAAAGUAUUAAUAUCCUUCUGGAGAUACGGUCUCCAGUACUGCAUACAAUACUCCAAGUGAGCUCUCACCAGUGUUCUGCUCUGUUACAUUGUCUACCUACAUUUAAGUCAUCGGAAAUAAUCACCCCUGAAUCCCUUUCUUCAUAUGUUGAGGUUAAGUACAAAUAUUCUGUACUCGGCCCUUGGGUUUUUACGUCCAAGAUGCAUUAUCUUGCACUUAUCCACAUUAAAUGUCAGUUGCCACAAUUCUGACCAUUUUUCUAGUUUACCUAAAUCAUUUGCCAUUUGGCUUAUCCCUCCUGGAAAAUCAACCCUGUUAUAUAUCUAAGUAUCAUCAGCAAAAAGACAUACCUUACCAUCAAGACCUUCUGCAAUAUCACUUAUAAAAAUAUUAAAGAGAAUGGGUUCCUGAGGUACACCACUGGUAACAAGAUAAUGCUUCAAAUAUACUCCAUUGACAACAACCCUCUGUUGCCUUUCAUUCAGCCACUGCUUUACCCAUUCAACAAUAUUCAAAUCCAAACUUAAAGGGACACUCCUGGCACCCAGACCACUUCUGCCCAUUGGAGUGGUCUGGGUGCCAACUCCCACUACCCUUAACCCUGCAACUGUAAAUAUUGCAGUUUUCAUAAACUGCAAUAUUUACCUUGCAGGGUUAACUCCUCCAGUAGUGGCACGGGUUUAUAGCACAAUCCCCAUUUCGCUGAAAUCCCCAUUGGAAGGCAUUGAAAACAUUUUAAAUGUUUUACUAUGUGGGGGAAGGAGGGGAGAGGAAGGGGGAGGGGGGGGGCCUAAUGCGCGUGCACGGCAUGGCCGCGCAUGUGCAUUAGGUCUCCCCUGUCGCUGGCCGUGCAUGCGCACUAGGUCUCCCCCGCCGGAUGACGUCGGUGGGGGAGGAGCGUGGGCGGACCCUGAACCAGCGCCGAGGGACAUCGGCGCUGGAUACAGGUAAGUCACUGAAGGGGAGAGGGGACAUGCAGUGCCAGGAAAACGGUUUGUUUUCCUGGCACUGAAGAGUCCCUUUAAAGAUUGCAGUUUAUUGAUAAGCCUUCUAUGUGCAACAAUGUCAUGAACUGAUACCUACUGCUGUUGGAACACUUACAGUUUUGUGUGAACCGUACACUGGAAAAGUCUCAUUGCUUUUUCACAGAACCUGUCAUUGGCGGUAGUGUGAGUCCACUACCAAAUAUUUGGAUUAACAGAGUAGUAAAUAUUGUUUUCUCUCAUUAUGGGUUACUCUCUAUUCUUUCCUUUCUGUACCCUCCUUUUUCUUUUUUCUUGGUUGUAGCUUGCCUCUUUUGAGUCAUACUAUUUCAGUGAGGUAGCUAUAGUUAGGGUUUGCCCUGUUUAUUGUAUGUUAGUCCUUUUUUGAUUCAAUAAAGUAUCCUCGAGAUUUUUAACCAAUAUUAUUGUUUAACAUUAUUAGAGGGACAGAUUCUCUCCUUUUCUCCUUUUCAAUUAUUCCAUUAGGGUUACCCCCUGUUUUGUCCCUUUGGAUUUGUGGCCAACUAGUUUCUAUUUAUUAUAAUCUAUAACUUUCCUGAAACAUAGUAGUUUAAUCUGGAGGUAUAUCAUUGUGACUGUACUGUAAAAAAAUGCACUUGCCUUCCUUUUAGCUAAGUUAACAGUAAUGCCAAAUAAAUUGUGCCUUGUUUUACUCUCUUUCACAGCAUCUAUCUCGAACCAACAAGCGAGCCAAGCUUGAGAAUUUGUGAGCCUCUCAUAUCCUGGCACAGACCCCCAAAGGGAGGGGGAGAAUACACAAAGCGAUCACUGACAUCUUCACAUCAGCCCACCAGCCUCUGAGAUGGCUUCUGAAUCUGGCACGGACCAUUAUCACUGUUACAUGCCUGUGGCCUUUGGCCUGCCUCCAUGCCUAGGGGUAUAUAGAUAUGUGUAUAAGAGAAAGCGGUUUUAUUUUUUUAAGUUGUAAAUGAUGAACGGAAGCGAAUAAUGGAAGUAUAAAUGAUAAACAGGAUUUACAUUCUGUCUCCAGAUCAUUGCCAUAUUUGUGUCUGUGUGUAUAUUGUGGCACUCUGUGCUGCUACACCACGUACAUUCACCCCACCCAAGCGCUUUAUGACAGACAAAAACACAUGCAAGUGUCUUAAGCACUAUUAUACCUUGCCAAGAACUGAGUUGGCACAAUACGGGUGCCACCUCUUAUUCCAUAUAGAUACACUGAGAUGACAACCAUCAAUAAUGCACUCUGUAUCUGCCCCUCAUCCAUCCUCUUCUGUGCUUGUAAAUAUCUGUAUAUCAUUAGAAUGAACUAAUAAAGCACUAGGUACCUCACAAGUGUAUGUUGCUUUAGAGCUUCUGGCUUGUGCAAAACCGUACUUUGUGUUCUAGAACCUGUCCGAUUACAACACCUUGCAGCAUUACUGCCAUUCUUUUCUAUGUACUCUUAUACCUCAGAUAUUUUGUCCUUAAAUAUUAGAAGCUAUCAACAACCAUCUUACUAAAAUUGCUCUGCAUUUGAGUUCUUUCAGAGUAAGACUUUUUUUUUUUUUUUUAACUGGACUUCUAUCCUACUCAACCUCUCAAAGUAAAAACAUAUUUUAAGGCACUGACCUCUUAAUUCUGGAUUCUAUAUAAAACAGCCAUUUACAAAGCAUGUUUUGGUAUUUAAAAAAACACAAUCUCAAUUACGGUUCUUGAAGGGAGAUUCUAAGCACCUAAACAACUUUCACUAAAUCACACAGUUUUGGUGUAUAGAUCAUGCCUAUGCAGUUUAAUUUCUGCAAUUUGGGUGUUAAAUUUAUUUCUGUUAAUGCUGUCCUCGAUACAACUCUCCUAGCUUUACUCACACAGUCUCCAUGAGAAAAAAAAAAGCUUUUAAACAGAUCUUACAGCACAGUGUGUUUACUUUAGAAGUUACUGAGUCCUGCUCUGUUUAUUGAACUUUAAUCACACAGUCUGCUACAGGUUCGAGCGGGCAAUUAAAAGAGCAAGUAUUUCUAAAUGAAACACAUUGAUCUACAAGGGAAGCUAAAAAGUGGUAGGCUCUUUUAGUAGGAAGUGUGUAGGAAGGCUGUGUGAGUCUUGGCAAGUGGAGAUGUGGAUAGGGCUGCGUAAGCAAAGUGUUUUAACUCCUAAAUUGCAGAGAAGUGAGGAGCGAGACUGGAGGGGCUUGAUCUAUCCACUAAAUUACUUUAUUAAGCAAACAUUGUUUCGAUGCUUAGAGUGUCAUUUUAAGGUCAAAGAAACACGAGUUUUACAGAUGGGACAGAUGCCGGUUUUACAACAGCUGGAGAGAGCUUCUGUAUUUUAUGCAAAACAAUGCAAAAACUCAGUAUAUGCUGCUGUCUGGAUGACGUUACUUUUCAUGGGGGAAAAAAAAGCAUGGCAUUAAAGAUACAUUUAAUAAGUGUAACGGGACAGCAUGCUUACAAUUGCUCCUCCCUAGUGUUUGUAAUCUGGGGACCCUAGGGGUAAGUUGGGUGAACAUGAGAUGUCUUCUCCCAGUGACAUAGCUGUACAUGACCUCGGUUUUCGUUUCUGUGCUCAAAAAAUGUAAUACAGACACACACAAGGAAGAGCCUUGAUGUGCUUGAGAAUAUUUCUUAUGGCCACAACAAAAAAUAAGGUAUGUGGGGGUGCAAAGCUCCCAUUACUAGGGUGCCUAGUUGUUAAGCCUGUGAACAUAAUUUGUCACAUUUUUAUUCUUGAAAAUAUCAUUCGCAAUUAACCUUAAUCCAAAGAAAUUCUUUAUGUGAAACCCAUUGCGAAUUUUAAUGCAGCAUGUUUGACUGCACACACUGCGAAGGUAUGCCAUAUACAUAUAAAAUUCCAGUGUGUGCCAAUAGAACUAUCAUUGUGCCUUCAAAAGAUAAACUGCAUGCGUGAACGGUAGAGUUCUCACUAAGCACUUUUCGAAGAGCAGUGCAGCACUGAAACUAGUUAAGUGAAUUUGUCUUGUUUGUGUUUUUAGCAUAAUAAAAUUUUGUCAAAAUCUGGUUAAAUGUUGUAUUAUUUGUUUGUGCAAAAAAAAAUUAUAUGUGUAACUAUAGGAACAAUCUAAAAUCAUAGGUUUCACUUUUUUGCAAAUAAUUCUUAAUUGUAACUUGAUCGAUGGCUGAAGUCUGCAGUCCCCUUGCUCCGUGAGUUAUGAGUGGGUUUAAGCACUGGCAAUUUAUAUAAAGUCAGGGUUCGC